AUGGUGUGGGGUAAGACAGGAACGAAGUGUUGUGCCACACGUUAUAACUUGCAGGAUUGACCACGCGGGCGAUGCCAAGUUUCCUUGACAACUCUGCAGCAGGGACUGUGUUGGUUGGAAUCAUCAUGAAAUGCAUGUAAUCAGCCUUUAAUAUAUAUCAACUCCCACCAGUCUCAGGCAGGCCAAGACAUGUCCCAUUACUGCCGUAAGAUUGAUGAAUCCCUAGUCGAAAUCCAAAUGUAAAAAAAUAGUCACUUACUAUAAAAAUUAGUUAAAACUAGAGUAUGUACAAAGUAGAAAUAACACCAUCACGUUCCUUCACCCUCAAGGUUUAUUGAUAACUGCACAAAUCUCUCGAUGACAUUAUUUCCCCCCAAUACACACUGCGCAACUCCAGAUCUUGUGGACUACAUGUCCCCUGAUGCUUUGCCACCAAUAUGGCUGUUAGAGUAUUAUGGCAGAUGUAGUCCAUAACAUCUGAUCUAAAUCAAUGUUUAUAUAUAAUAACAUGAUAUCACACAAGAUCCAGCGCACUUUCCUGGCUUAUCCUGGUCUUGGCCAGUGCUAUUGUGGAGAUGUUAUAUGUGUGCGCAUGCACUAACGAGGACAAACCAUGACGUUACAGGUUUGGACGUACAAAUAGAUCCAGAAUUUUACUUUGCUGGUUUUGAUAUAUUUAAGGCUGACAGUUUGUAUUCUUAGUUUUUGCAGAAACAGAUUUUGUCCUUUUUAGUUCUUUGCUGUUGUGACUCAUUUGUCUUUCUUCUCAAACCUUCACCUAUAAAUCUUUCUGCAGCUUCACCGCACAUCUGCAGUGAGACACACUGAAAGAAGGCUUGCCUAAUUAGCCAACACGAGCAAUAAACAUGUUAUCAUUUCGGAGUUUGCCAUUUGCUCUGUGAUUUAUAUGAGGCAAGAUCUGGCGAGUUUAACUUAAAUUUACCUUUCCUGUAAGGUUCUAUUUAAAUGAGCAUUGCACCUUCAAAAAACUCGGUUAUCGGGGGAAAAAAGACAAGAAAAAUGUUGGAUGAACAAUUUACUUAUAAUUAUAUAUUACAUCAGGAGUGUUCGGGUGAAUAAUUAAUUGUGAGUGAGAGUUGAAUGAUAGCAAAAUAAUAACUGUAAGCCAAAAUAGCAGGUUCAGAAUAAGAGUUCCUCAUUUUAUUCAACUUUGCUAUUUUGAUCAAACUGAUUUGCAAGUUCCAUUUCCAACACUCCACCAGUCCCUAUUUAGUGAUUAAACCCUGUUAACGAGGUGUAUGGAGACAGAGGGCGCGGAAGCUGUUCAGUAAAUCAGGUUUUAUUCUGCGUAUACUCCAAUAAAGGGUGAGUAUUUGGAAGUCCAAUCGUAGUCCACAGCGCUCUGUUUAAAGGGUUCAUUAAUGAACUGGACAGUAAUUUCCUACGCUGAUGGUAAGCCGCAAGCCUCCCAGCCGGAGCUGCCUCUCACCAGUUAAACCAGGAAAAGAUGUGUCCUUGGGCUUUUUGCCUUUCAUGUUGUUCGUUUUGUCUUCUUUUAAGGAUGGGAAAUCUGUCCAUUACUUGUCCCUCAUUAAACAACAAACUGCAGAAUUGAGCGUGUAGCGGAGCGGCAGGAAGGGUUAAGUGAGCCGCUGAGAGCUCAGGUCCUUGAUACAAUGUGUAGUUAGAUUCUUUGCGUUUCUCUGUCUCCCCCAAGCCUCUCACAAUAAGAAUGUUUCAGCUGAUCUCUGCACAUUGUGUGAGAUGACUUUAUCUUCAAUGGAACACAAGACGGAGGGAGUCGGAGGCCCAUCAAGCCCGUCUAUCGUGUUCUGUCGACGUGUGUCCCUAUAGCAUUAACCUGUAAAGGAGGUCACCGAAUAGUUAAUGAGCACCUAGUUCAAUACACAGGUAGCCAUGUCCUACCACAGGGCAGUGAGUGUGAGGUAAAGGUGAGAGGAGACAUUGAGUGUGAGAGGUAAAGGUGAGGGGAGGCAGUGAGUGUGAGAGGUAAAGGUGAGGGGAGGCAGUGAGUGUGAGAGGUAAAGGUGAGUGUAAGGUAAAGGUGAGGGAGGCAGGGAGUGUGAAGUAAAGGUGAGGGGAGGCAGGGAGUGAGAGAGGUAAAGGUGAGGGAAGGCAGUGAGUGUGAGAAGUAAAGGUGAGGGAAGGCAGUGAUUGUGAGAGGUAAAGGUGAGAGGAGACAUUGAGUGUGAGAGGUAAAGGUGAGGGGAGGCAGUGAGUGUGAGAGGUAAAGGUGAGUGUAAGGUAAAGGUGAGGGAGGCAGGGAGUGUGAAGUAAAGGUGAGGGGAGGCAGGGAGUGAGAGAGGUAAAGGUGAGGGAAGGCAGUGAGUGUGAGAAGUAAAGGUGAGGGAAGGCAGUGAGUGUGAGAGGUAAAGGUGAGGGGAGGCGGUGAGUGUGAGGUAAAGGUGAGGGGGAGGCGGUGAGUGUAGAAGGGAAAGGUGAGGGAGGCAGUGAGUGUAGGGAAAAGGUGAGGGAGGCAGUGAGUGUGAGAGGGAAAGGUGAGGGAGGCAGUGAGUGUGAGAGGUAAAGGUGGGGAGGCAGUGAGUGUGAGAGGGUAAAAAGGUGAGAAGGCAGUGAUUGUGAGAGGUAAAAGGUGAGGAGGCAGUGAGUGUGAGGUAAGGUGAGGGGAGGCAGUGAGUGUGAGGGAAAGGUGGGGGAGGCAGUGAAGGUGUGAGGGAAAGGUGAGGGAGGCAGUGAGUGUGAGAGGGAAAGGUGAGGAGGCAGUGAGUGUGAGAAGGUACAAAAAGGUGAGGAGGCAGUGAGUGUGAGGUAAAAAGGUGAGGAAGGCAGUGAUUGUGAGAGGUAAAAGGUGAGGGGAGAAGGCAGUGAGUGUGAGGAAAGAAGGUGAGGGGAGGCAGUGAGUGUGAGGGAAAGGUGAGGGGAGGCAGUGAGUGUGAGGGAAAGGUGAGGGGAGGCAGUGAGUGUGAGGGAAAGGUGAGGGAGGCAGUGAGUGUGAGGGAAAGGUGAGGGAGGCAGUGAGUGUGAGGGAAAGGUGAGGGGAGGCAGUGAGUGUGAGGUAAAGGUGAGGGAAGGCAGUGAGUGUGAGAGGUUAAGGUGAGGGAGGCAGUGAGUUUGAGAGAGGGAGUUGAGUGUGAGAGCAGAGUUAAAGGAGAGGUGAGGGAGGGAGUUGUCUGUGAGAGGAGGAGUGAGUGUAAUUGGUUACAAUAAAACAUUUGGCGUUAUAGAACGGUAUUGAAGAGUAAUAUCAGGGUGCUUUAGAAAAUGACUGAGAAAAUUGAAAAUGGAAACUUUUAUUUUACACAGAAUUUACCAAACUAUUUGUUCUGUCUCUUUCUCUCUCCUCUCAGCCCGAACUCGUAUCACCAACCCUCCUACAGACCAGAGCGUCAUUAAAGGAACCAGAGCCUCCUUGUCAUGUGGGGUGUCACAUGACCCCAGCGUGGCCAUCAGGUAAGUCCCUCGGUUUCAUCCCUGUAAUAUAAUAGGUGUAAGACUAGACAAAGCCACAAAUACCAUGACAAGGAAGUCACAGUCACCUCUGUACAGUGCAUGUAUGCUAUGUAUCCUUGUAUAGCCCCAUGUACAUUAUCGGAGUAUACUAUGUAUCCUUAUAUAGCCCCAUGUACAUUAUCUGAGUAUACUAUGUAUCCUUAUAUAGCCCCAUGUACAUUAUCAGAGUAUACUAUGUAUCCUGGUAUAGCCCCAUGUACAUUAUCUGAGUAUACUAUGUAUCCUUAUAUAGCCCCAUGUACAUUAUCUGAGUAUACUAUGUAUCCUUAUAUAGCCCCAUGUACAUUAUCUGAGUAUACUAUGUAUCCUUAUAUAGCCCCAUGUACAUUAUCAGAGUAUACUAUGUAUCCUGGUAUAGCACCAUGUACAUUAUCAGAGUAUGCUAUGUAUCCUUAUAUAGCCCCAUGUACAUUAUCUGAGUAUACUAUGUAUCCUUAUAUAGCCCCAUGUACAUUAUCUGAGUAUACUAUGUAUCCUUAUAUAGCCCCAUGUACAUUAUCGGAGUAUACUAUGUAUCCUUAUAUAGCCCCAUGUACAUUAUCGGAGUAUACUAUGUAUCCUGGUAUAGCACCAUGUACAUUAUCUGAGUAUACUAUGUAUCCUUGUAUAGCCCCAUGUACAUUAUCUGAGUAUACUAUGUAUCCUUGUAUAGCCCCAUGUACAUUAUCGGAGUAUACUAUGUAUCCUUAUAUAGCCCCAUGUACAUUAUCGGAGUAUACUAUGUAUCCUUAUAUAGCCCCAUGUACAUUAUCUGAGUAUACUAUGUAUCCUUAUAUAGCCCCAUGUACAUUAUCGGAGUAUACUAUGUAUCCUUAUAUAGCCCCAUGUACAUUAUCUGAGUAUACUAUGUAUCCUUAUAUAGCCCCAUGUACAUUAUCGGAGUAUACUAUGUAUCCUUAUAUAGCCCUUACAUGUACAUUAUCUGAGUAUACUAUGUAUCCUUAUAUAUAGCCCCAUGUACAUUAUCGGAGUAUACUAUGUAUCCUUAUAUAGCCCCAUACAUUAUUAUCUGAGUAUACUUAUGUAUCCUUAUAUAGCCCCAUGUAUUAUUAUCAGAGUAUACUAUGUAUCCUGUAUAGCCCCAUGUACAUUAUCAGAGUAUACUAUGUAUCCUUAUAUAGCCCCAUGUACAUUAUCGGAGUAUACUAUGUAUCCUUGUAUAGCCCCAUGUACAUUAUCGGAGUAUACUAUGUAUCCUGGUAUAGCACCAUGUACAUUAUCGGAGUAUACUAUGUAUCCUUAUAUAGCCCCAUGUACAUUAUCAGAGUAUACUAUGUAUCCUUAUAUAGCCCCAUGUACAUUAUCAGAGUAUACUAUGUAUCCUUAUAUAGCCCCAUGUACAUUAUCGGAGUAUACUAUGUAUCCUUGUAUAGCACCAUGUACAUUAUCGGAGUAUACUAUGUAUCCUGGUAUAGCACCAUGUACAUUAUCAGAGUAUGCUAUGUAUCCUUAUAUAGCCCCAUGUACAUUAUCGGAGUAUACUAUGUAUCCUUAUAUAGCCCCAUGUACAUUAUCUGAGUAUACUAUGUAUCCUUAUAUAGCCCCAUGUACAUUAUCUGAGUAUACUAUGUAUCCUUAUAUAGCCCCAUGUACAUUAUCGGAGUAUACUAUGUAUCCUUAUAUAGCCCCAUGUACAUUAUCGGAGUAUACUAUGUAUCCUUAUAUAGCCCCAUGUACAUUAUCGGAGUAUACUAUGUAUCCUUAUAUAGCCCCAUGUACAUUAUCUGAGUAUACUAUGUAUCCUUAUAUAGCCCCAUGUACAUUAUCAGAGUAUACUAUGUAUCCUGGUAUAGCACCAUGUACAUUAUCAGAGUAUGCUAUGUAUCCUUAUAUAGCCCCAUGUACAUUAUCGGAGUAUACUAUGUAUCCUUAUAUAGCCCCAUGUACAUUAUCUGAGUAUACUAUGUAUCCUUAUAUAGCCCCAUGUACAUUAUCAGAGUAUACUAUGUAUCCUUGUAUAGCCCCAUGUACAUUAUCUGAGUAUACUAUGUAUCCUUAUAUAGCCCCAUGUACAUUAUCUGAGUAUACUAUGUAUCCUUAUAUAGCCCCAUGUACAUUAUCUGAGUAUACUAUGUAUCCUUAUAUAGCCCCAUGUACAUUAUCAGAGUAUACUAUGUAUCCUGGUAUAGCACCAUGUACAUUAUCAGAGUAUGCUAUGUAUCCUUAUAUAGCCCCAUGUACAUUAUCUGAGUAUACUAUGUAUCCUUAUAUAGCCCCAUGUACAUUAUCUGAGUAUACUAUGUAUCCUUAUAUAGCCCCAUGUACAUUAUCAGAGUAUACUAUGUAUCCUGGGAUAGCCCCAUGUACAUUAUCUGAGUAUACUAUGUAUCCUUAUAUAGCCCCAUGUACAUUAUCUGAGUAUACUAUGUAUCCUUAUAUAGCCCCAUGUACAUUAUCUGAGUAUACUAUGUAUCCUGGUAUAGCCCCAUGUACAUUAUCAGAGUAUACUAUGUAUCCUGGUAUAGCACCAUGUACAUUAUCUGAGUAUACUAUGUAUCCUUAUAUAGCCCCAUGUACAUUAUCGGAGUAUACUAUGUAUCCUGGUAUAGCCCCAUGUACAUUAUCAGAGUAUACUAUGUAUCCUGGUAUAGCCCCAUGUACAUUAUCGGAGUAUACUAUGUAUCCUGGUAUAGCCCCAUGUACAUUAUCGGAGUAUACUAUGUAUCCUGGUAUAGCCCCAUGUACAUUAUCUGAGUAUACUAUGUAUCCUUAUAUAGCCCCAUGUACAUUAUCAGAGUAUACUAUGUAUCCUUAUAUAGCACCAUGUACAUUAUCAGAGUAUACUAUGUAUCCUGGUAUAGCCCCAUGUACAUUAUCUGAGUAUACUAUGUAUCCUGGUAUAGCCCCAUGUACAUUAUCUGAGUAUACUAUGUAUCCUGGUAUAGCACCAUGUACAUUAUCAGAGUAUACUAUGUAUCCUGGUAUAGCACUAUGUACAUUAUCAGAGUAUACUAUGUAUCCUGGUAUAGCCCCAUGUACAUUAUCAGAGUAUACUAUGUAUCCUGGUAUAGCACCAUGUACAUUAUCAGAGUAUACUAUGUAUCCUUAUAUAGCCCCAUGUACAUUAUCGGAGUAUACUAUGUAUCCUGGUAUAGCACUAUGUACAUUAUCUGAGUAUACUAUGUAUCCUGGUAUAGCACCAUGUACAUUAUCAGAGUAUACUAUGUAUCCUUAUAUAGCCCCAUGUACAUUAUCGGAGUAUACUAUGUAUCCUUAUAUAGUCCCAUGUACAUUCAUAUACUAUGUAUCCUUGUAUAGCCCCAUGUACAUUAUCGGAGUAUACUAUGUAUCCUGGUAUAGCCCCAUGUACAUUAUCUGAGUAUACUAUGUAUCCUUAUAUAGCCCCAUGUACAUUAUCAGAGUAUACUAUGUGUCCUUAUAUAGCCCCAUAUACAUUAUCAGAGUAUACUAUGUGUCCUUAUAUAGCCCCAUGUACAUUAUCAGAGUAUACUAUGUGUCCUUAUAUAGUCCCAUGUACAUUAUCUGAGUAUACUAUGUAUCCUUGUAUAGCCCCAUGUACAUUAUCGGAGUAUACUAUGUAUCCUGGUAUAGCCCCAUGUACAUUAUCUGAGUAUACUAUGUAUCCUUAUAUAGCCCCAUGUACAUUAUCAGAGUAUACUAUGUGUCCUUAUAUAGCCCCAUGUACAUUAUCAGAGUAUACUAUGUGUCCUUAUAUAGUCCCAUGUACAUUAUCUGAGUAUACUAUGUAUCCUUGUAUAGCCCCAUGUACAUUAUCGGAGUAUACUAUGUAUCCUGGUAUAGCCCCAUGUACAUUAUCGGAGUAUACUAUGUAUCCUGGUAUAGCCCCAUGUACAUUAUCUGAGUAUACUAUGUAUCCUGGUAUAGCCCCAUGUACAUUAUCUGAGUAUACUAUGUAUCCUUAUAUAGCCCCAUGUACAUUAUCAGAGUAUACUAUGUGUCCUUAUAUAGUCCCAUGUACAUUAUCUGAGUAUACUAUGUAUCCUUGUAUAGCCCCAUGUACAUUAUCGGAGUAUACUAUGUAUCCUGGUAUAGCCCCAUGUACAUUAUCUGAGUAUACUAUGUAUCCUGGUAUAGCCCCAUGUACAUUAUCAGAGUAUACUAUGUGUCCUUAUAUAGCCCCAUGUACAUUAUCAGAGUAUACUAUGUGUCCUUAUAUAGCCCCAUGUACAUUAUCAGAGUAUACUAUGUAUCCUUAUAUAGCCCCAUGUACAUUAUCUGAGUAUACUAUGUAUCCUGGUAUAGCCCCAUGUACAUUAUCGGAGUAUACUAUGUGUCCUUAUAUAGCCCCAUGUACAUUAUCAGAGUAUACUAUGUGUCCUUAUAUAGUCCCAUGUACAUUAUCAGAGUAUACUAUGUGUCCUUAUAUAGCCCCAUGUACAUUAUCAGAGUAUACUAUGUGUCCUUAUAUAGUCCCAUGUACAUUAUCUGAGUAUACUAUGUAUCCUUGUAUAGCCCCAUGUACAUUAUCGGAGUAUACUAUGUAUCCUGGUAUAGCCCCAUGUACAUUAUCUGAGUAUACUAUGUAUCCUGGUAUAGCCCCAUGUACAUUAUCAGAGUAUACUAUGUGUCCUUAUAUAGCCCCAUGUACAUUAUCAGAGUAUACUAUGUGUCCUUAUAUAGCCCCAUGUACAUUAUCAGAGUAUACUAUGUAUCCUUAUAUAGCCCCAUGUACAUUAUCUGAGUAUACUAUGUAUCCUGGUAUAGCCCCAUGUACAUUAUCGGAGUAUACUAUGUGUCCUUAUAUAGCCCCAUGUACAUUAUCAGAGUAUACUAUGUGUCCUUAUAUAGUCCCAUGUACAUUAUCAGAGUAUACUAUGUGUCCUUAUAUAGCCCCAUGUACAUUAUCAGAGUAUACUAUGUGUCCUUAUAUAGUCCCAUGUACAUUAUCUGAGUAUACUAUGUAUCCUUGUAUAGCCCCAUGUACAUUAUCGGAGUAUACUAUGUAUCCUGGUAUAGCACCAUGUACAUUAUCGGAGUAUACUAUGUAUCCUUAUAUAGCCCCAUGUACAUUAUCAGAGUAUACUAUGUAUCCUUAUAUAGCCCCAUGUACAUUAUCAGAGUAUACUAUGUAUCCUUGUAUAGCCCCAUGUACAUUAUCAGAGUAUACUAUGUAUCCUUAUAUAGCCCCAUGUACAUUAUCUGAGUAUACUAUGUAUCCUGGUAUAGCCCCAUGUACAUUAUCGGAGUAUACUAUGUAUCCUGGUAUAGCCCCAUGUACAUUAUCUGAGUAUACUAUGUAUCCUUAUAUAGCCCCAUGUACAUUAUCAGAGUAUACUAUGUAUCCUUAUAUAGCACCAUGUACAUUAUCAGAGUAUACUAUGUAUCCUGGUAUAGCCCCAUGUACAUUAUCUGAGUAUACUAUGUAUCCUGGUAUAGCCCCAUGUACAUUAUCUGAGUAUACUAUGUAUCCUGGUAUAGCACCAUGUACAUUAUCAGAGUAUACUAUGUAUCCUGGUAUAGCACUAUGUACAUUAUCAGAGUAUACUAUGUAUCCUGGUAUAGCCCCAUGUACAUUAUCAGAGUAUACUAUGUAUCCUGGUAUAGCACCAUGUACAUUAUCAGAGUAUACUAUGUAUCCUUAUAUAGCCCCAUGUACAUUAUCGGAGUAUACUAUGUAUCCUGGUAUAGCACUAUGUACAUUAUCUGAGUAUACUAUGUAUCCUGGUAUAGCACCAUGUACAUUAUCAGAGUAUACUAUGUAUCCUUAUAUAGCCCCAUGUACAUUAUCGGAGUAUACUAUGUAUCCUUGCAUUCUACGAAGAAGUAAGUAGAAGUAUUGAUCAGGGUGUUGCCGUGGAUGUGAUCUAUUUGGAUUUUGCCAAGGCAUUUGAUGCAGUUCCACACAAUAGAUUAGUGUUCAAAUUCAAGGAAAUCGGUCUAGAUGAAAAUGCUUGUUCUUGGGUAGAACAUUGGCUUAAAAACAGAGUACAAAGAGUUGUCAUUAAUGGUAAAUUUUCAAGCUGGACAGAGGUGGCAAGUGGUGUCCCUCAGGGGUCUGUUCUGGGACCCCUUCUAUUUAACAUGUUUAUAAAUGAUCUUGAAGACAGCAUUGAAAGUCAUGUUUCAGUGUUUGCAGAUGACACAAAACUUUGAUACAAUGAGCAAGAUAUUACUUUGCUGCAGAGAGAUUUAGAUAGACUGGGGGACUGGGCACUCAAAUGGCAGAUGAAAUUUAAUGUUGAAAAAUGCAAAGUUAUGCACUUCGGCGUAAAGAAUACACAAGCAACGUAUACCCUUAAUGGAAGCGAAUUAGGGAUAACAACACAUGAAAAGGACUUGGGAAUUGUUAUAGACAACAAACUAUACAACAAUGUGCAAUGUCAAUCAGCAGUGGCCAAGGCCAGUAAGGUAUUGUCAUGCAUGAAAAAGGGCAUUCAUUCUCGGGACAAGAAUAUAAUUUUGCCUCUUUAUAAAUCACUGGUAAGACCACAUAUUGAAUAUGCUGUGCAAUUUUGGGCACCUGUUCUAAAGAAGGAUAUUAUGGCACUAGAAAAAGUGCAGAGGCGGGCUACAAAAUUAAUAAAAGGAAUGGAACAUAUCAGCUAUGAAGAAAGGUUAACAAAUUUAAACCUAUUUAGUUUAGAAAAACGUCGCCUGAGAGGGGAUAUGAUAACAUUAUACAAAUAUAUUCGGGGCCAAUACAAACCAUUGUGUGGAAAUCUAUUCACAAACCGGACUUUACAUAGGACACGAGGCCAUGCGUUUAGACUGGAAGAAAGAAGAUUUCGUCUAAGGCAAAGGAAAGGUUUUUUUACUGUAAGAACAAUCAGGAUGUGGAAUUCUCUGCCUGAGGAAGUGGUUUUAUCAGAGCCCAUACAGAUGUUCAAACGGCUACUAGAUGCAUACUUGCAAGAACAGAAUAUUCAAGGAUAUAAUCUUUCAAUGUAGGGUAAUAACUGCUUGAUCCAAGGAUAAAUCUGACUGCCAUUCUGGGGUCAAGAAGGAAUUUUUUCCUACUUUGUUGCAAAAUUGGAAGUGCUUCAAACUGGGUUUUUUAGCCUUCUUUUGGAUGAACAGCAAAAAACAAAUGUGAGGAAGGCUGGACUUGAUGGACGCAAGUCGCUUUUCAGCUAUGUAACUAUGUAACUAUGUAGCACCAUGUAUAUUAUCAGAGUAUACUAUGAAUCCUGGUAUAGCACCAUGUACAUUAUCGGAGUAUACUAUGUAUCCUUGUAUAGCACCAUGUACAUUAUCGGAGUAUACUAUGUAUCCUCAAUCCCAGUUUGUUUCCGUGAGAUUUCCCCAAUUUUGGCCCUUCUGGUUCUUAUCAUCAUUGUCUCCUUGUGGAUUAAAUUGCGUUGUGCGGUAAUAAAUGACGUGGACGUUUGAUGCUCUGUUUGUGCCGUCUCUGGCUUUCUAAUAAGCUAUAAUUUGGGGUCACACACCCCUGUACCAGGCCAGAGCUCGGGGGGACCCAAAGUUAAUUAACACAAUCACAUUUCCUUUCUCUGUCUCACCCAUAGAUAAUGAAGGGAAAAUUAAACAUUCCUAAUUGGUUGCUGACAGCAGGGGGAAAGGAAACCCGUAGUGAACUCUGUGAAAAAUUUAAUAGGAGUUAAAAAAUUAAUCUUACUUAACUUCAUCUGCAGUGAAUAUUUUAUUGGGCGAUAUUAAUUCUCACAUCUACAGCAUAUGUAUCAUUUCAAGCAGAAACUUCUUCCAGUGCAUUUUGGGACACUGGGAAGAUUAAAGGGCCGAGUGACAGAUACUAAACGUAACCCUUCGCUGUCCGUGAUUCACGUUAUUGCAGAAAAUGCAGCAUUUUAAAGGAAAAAUGUCUUAAUUUGUUUAUUUAAAGUAAAAGGAUAAAUACAUUAUUGUAGGAACUCUGUGUAUUAUUUGUUAUGCACUCACAUAAAUAAAUACGUUUUUAUUAAUGAAUAUUGUGACUUUCGGUUGCUUUGUGGGGGUAGCCAUUUUUAAAACCUCUUUUGUCGGAUUCGCCCCAACAAUUUGCAGGUAGUGAUGUUACAUACGGGCAUCUCAAAACAUCUCAUAAUAACUAAAUAAGAAAUGGACAGAUUUUCAUUAAUAGGUUUUCUUGGCUAAAUGAAUGUCUUUCUCUGAGUCAGUUACUAGGAUCCAAUAGUUUGAUCUAUAAACGCACAGUGAUGUGGAAAUUCUCACAUUUCAUCCUGUUGGUAGUUUAUGUGGCCCAGUCCGAGGACCUGUGUAAUAAACCAGAUAGAAUCUAAAACCAUCUGAACUAUAAGCCUCCUGUAUUUAGGCAGAAAUCCUGAUGGAUCAUAACAAACUGGGGGCUCAAAACUGACUCCAAUUUAUACCCUUCUAAUUAGUAACUAACUUUUAUUUCAGUAAUAAUCUGCAUUAUUUUACAGCCAAGAUAUACAGUAGGCUUGUAGGGAAAUGCUCAGUCGUACUAUACAAUGCUGUGCAUUGAAUUAUGUGUUGUGUCUCCCUCUCCAUGAACCCAGGUACUCGUGGGAGAAGGAUGGAGUCCCACUAAACAUAGAUAAUUCUCCAAGGAUUCAACUGGACAAAAAUGGCUCGCUGCAUAUCUCUCAGACGUGGUCUGGCGACAUUGGGACGUACACCUGCCGCAUCUUGUCCGUGGCAGGCAAUGACUCCAGAAGUGCUCACCUGCGGGUCAGGUAGGUCCUCCCCCUUUAUGGAAAUAUCUAUCCUUUAACUUUCUGCAUUGUUGGACCUACAGUGACCUCACGUCUCAUUGUUAUUUUUAAUUCUGCAAUCCAAUGCAAUACAGAGACUCAUUUCAAUGCAGUUAUUCUGAAAGCUUAAAACACUGGGGAAAUUUGCAAAAAAAUCUAUUUAAAUGUUAAUUUUAGAAAUAGUGGCUGAGCACCAGACAUCCCCAGCUUUGAGGCACCUCCAGAGAUCUUCCUGCUGUGAAAGGCAUGGUUCGGUCUUCUGUGCAAAUUUCUCUCCGUGAACCAUUCCACAAUACACCAAUAUCAUUAGGUUUAACACAAUGUUAAUCCAAGAUUUGCUGCAGGAAGAGGUGGACGAUUUGCUCAUCUCAUACUGAUCCUCAUGUCUCUUAUUGCAGGCAGCUCCCACAUGCUCCCGAGAACCCCAUGGCCAUGCUGAGCAUCAUAGAGCAUAGAGCUGUCAAUCUGACGUGGGCCAGACCCUUCGAUGGAAACAGCCCACUGAUUCGGUACAUCCUGGAGGUAUCUGAGAACAGUAAGUGUUUACAAAGACACGCCGUGAACAUCUCCUCUCCAAAAGAAGAAGUAGUGGAGUCCUGGACUUGUUCCCCAGUGAAAGCAUCACAGUAGAAAAUGUUAAAACGGUUUGCCAUUUCUAAAAACAUGGCUGUAAUCCAAGGAUCCUAUAGAGUAAGGAAAUAGCAGUGUUGUGGAGCAAGCCGUUUGUUUGCCACACUCCCUGGCAGUUUAACCGUGCUGUUUUAGUGCCACGGUGCUGUUUAUGUCGGAUUGCAUUUCCCCCAGUAUAGCACAUCUGCAGCUUCAUUUUCGGCUCGUUUUAUGGGACGUCAUUCCAUUCCUAGCAGCGAAGAUGCUGAUUUUGCAGCAGUAAUUCUGAGACUCACGUUGCACUUACUAUAUCAUAGCGCAGCGCAAUGUCACAGAGUUUAUGAUCUGCAGAGAGCUGGCGAAUGUUAUAUCGAGUUUGAAGGAUAACAAGAUGCAGAAUGUGUGCAGGGCUAGUGUAAUGGGUCUAGAAAUAUUUAAAUGUACUCAUUGCUGCAUCCCUGGUGUCUGUGCCCACUCGCCAAUGGGUAGUGGCAUGUGGACAUUUUGAGUCCUGAUAUAGAAGUGAGUUAAUGAAAGAAUGUAUGGAGUUAAUGUGUAUGUAUGUACGCAUGGAGUAGAUUUAAUAUUAAUAAUAAUCAAAUAUAUAUCUAUGGUAAGUAUAUAAGUAUCUACAGUAAGAUGGGUGGCCGUGCACUAUAGAUCCUGGAUGACAUCACACUGCAGUAUAGAUCCUGGAUGACAUCACACUGUGCAGUAUAGAUCCUGGAUGACAGCACACUGUGUACUAUAGGUCCUGGAUGACAUCACACUGUGCAGUAUAGAUCCUGGGUGACAUCACACUGUGCACUAUAGAUCCUGGGUGACAUUGCACCGUGCACUAUAGAUCUUGGGUGACAUCACACCGUGCACUAUUGAUCCUGAAUGAUAUCACACCGUGCACUUUUGAUCCUGGAUGACAUCACACCAUGUGCACUAUAGAUCCUGGAUGACAUCACACCAUGCCCUAUAGAUCCUGGGUGACAUCACACCAUGCACUAUAGAUCCUGGGUGACAUCACACCAUGCCCUAUAGAUUCUGGGUGACAUCACACCAUGCCCUAUAGAUCCUGGGUGACAUCACACCAUGCACUAUAGAUCCUGGGUGACAUCACAUCGUGCACUAUAGAUCCUGGGUGACAUCACACUAUGUGCACUAUAGAUCCUGGAUGACAUCACACUGUGCACUAUAGAUCCUGGGUGACAUCACACCAUGUCUGCAACUGUCACUAGUCUAAUACUUUCCUUACCUUUUUGUGUCAUUUGACCCCACUCCCUCUGUAACUGACACUAUACCCCACUCCCUCUAGCAUGUAAGCUCAUUGAGCAGGGCCCUCAACCCCUCUGUUCCUGUGUGUCCAACUUGUCUGGUUACAACUACAUGUCUGUAAGUCAACCCAUUGUAAAGCGCUGCGGAAUUUGAUGGCCCUAUAUAAAUAAUAACAAUAAUAAUAGUAAUAUUCACGGCUGACCUGCCUGUGAUUAGUGGGAGUUAGCCUUUUUGGAAGCUGCCUUUCAGGAGAGGAGCUGGGAAGACACAAAUUUUCGUAUACCUGAUACAUAAUACUGAGAGAGGUGUUAGGGGAAAUGUCCCCGACUCCCCUGUGUAAAUUCUGUUCUAGAAUCUGGCAUGUCGCUUCUCACUAGUAACCCGUUAGAAUCCCGUGUCUUCUACAUUCACACACUGUUCUUCACUGUACGUGGGCCAAACCAAUGGUUAACUACAUUCUGUGUAUUUAGUGCCCUGUCCCUUUAAGUAGCCCCCCCUCCCUGCUUUCUUUUUCCUGUAAAUUGAAUUUUUUUCCCUUUUUUAUGGCACACAAACUUACUUGGUAUGAAAGGCGCAGCGCUCGGUAACAUUGUAUUGUGCAGAUAAGCACAUCCUGUAGAUAGAUAGCUUAGCAUCAAGACACAGAGCGGAAUAGCAAAUCAGAUCAUGACACUAACCCUUUAAAUGCUAACACCCCCUCCCCCAUUUAAUAUUAAAUGCCACAUUUACCUGCAAUUCUGUCUCAAAGUGCUAAAUAGAAUGCAAUCACACAGACACCUUUACAAUGAUUUGCUUUUCUUUUGUCUUGUAAUUCUGCCCAGAAUCCCUCCAGUUUUUCCCUAAAUAAAUCCAUCCUUUUUUUGUGUUAAGAGUCAGUAUUUUCAGUGAAGGGUUUGUUUUUAAGUUACUAAUCCACUAAGAGGCGCCUAUAACACGCCCUGUAAUGAAUAACGUGCCGGUUCUAGUCAUUGUGAAAAUGUAUUAUUUUCAAUACAGUUGUUAACUCUUACACAGGCGGAGUGGCCACUCAGACAUUGCUUCACCGUUGCCUCUUGGGGGUUAACCCAGCUGGAUUAUUUGCCGGCAUCUCUGCCUUGUGAGCUGUGUUCCAUAUUUAUGAGACUCCUUCAGAGAGAUUUAGCAUCUUUCGCCUGCCUGCGCAUAUCAUAUGCAGAUCUUACAUCCCAUCUAACACCCCAAAGGACCAAACCCCAAGAGCAGCCCCUUCUCUGAUUUCCAUACACCAUAGACCUCAUUUAUCUUACUCUGUACGACUGCCUGGCACAGACAGCGUGAUGGGUUUUUUAUCCUUGUGUCAUUGAAAUGCCCCUUGCAAGUUACAGUGGGGGUAAUAAGCACUGGUAUUCCAGCUGCUGCGGAGAGUCUGCUAAGUGUUAUGGGAUUUGUAAUCUGCAUCAGCUGAGAUAUCAGACGUGUCCUGUGUGAUGCCAUCGCUAACACCUGCAGAGUUUAUAUUUCCCAAUAUAAUCUGUGAGAAUUAGGAAUUAAAGUGACACUGGCGGUAUGUAAACUUGAGCCUAAUAAUUUCACGGAUGUCAGCGAGCAGAAAUCGACCGUUUCAUUCAUUUGAUUUUAACGUUUUAACUCACUGUGCCAUUUGCUAGCUGGGGGACCGAAGGUCUUGGAAAUCAUGGCCGAACCCCAUGCAAAGUUACCAUGAAGUCUAGCUGAGUAGCACAGAAAAGGUGUAAUCCACAAAUAUUUGUAUUGUCCAGUAUCCAUCAGUGCUCUAGGGACCUACCUGCAGGUGCAGAAGCUAUGUAUACAGGGUAUAUAAAAUGCAGGGAAUGGUAUAUUUGGUUGUAUAUGAGAUUAAUAAUUAUAUGUGAGCGCUGGGGUUUAAUGGUAGAGAGAAUGGUGAAAUGAAUGCAUUCUCUGCCAUGUCUCCCCAGAUGCCCCCUGGACCAUCCUUUUUGCCAGUGUUGAUCCAGAUCUCACUUCCAUGGUCGUAAGAAAUCUCACCCCUGCGCGUUCCUACCAGUUCCGUCUCUGCGCAGUGAACGAUGUGGGCAAGGGGCAGUUUAGCAAGGACACUCACCGGUAAGGCUCGCUAUCUGGUUACCAUUCUCAAAAAUAUAUCUUUAUGGUAAAACGUCUCCACACAGGGGGUCAAUGUGGGCACAGUAAUGGCAAUAAACACACCUGUUGAAUGGGGGAUAUAUUGUCCAGGAAGCCAUUGUAAGGAAUGUUCACUUGUUGGAACUACAAACGUUGAACAAAAUCUGCAAAAUAUAUAUUUUUUUUAAAUACAAGUACUUUGAAGUUGGGUUACCUGUGCAGCAUCGCUUGUUGUUUUAUUUUCUUCUUUAAUGGCGCGUUAAAGAUUCAGUACAUGUGAGUCUUGCUCUCGGUGGAUUAUAUGGGACUGUGAGCCUCUGAGCUCUGGAGUUUAUAAUUCAGGGAAGCAGGAGAUACAUAUAUUACAAACCAUGUGUCUCCUGUCACUCGCUAAACCCUUUCUGUUUUCCGUUUUAAAUAAAAUUAUUUUAUUGACUUUUUUUAAACUAACCUACGUAUAGUAAUAUAUAAAUCAUCACAUGCUUCAAACACACUAAGAACGAUGUAAAAGCAGAAAUAAAACCAGUUAUGGUGAGGAGUUUUGCAAUCUGUUAGUGAGACAGUGUUUCUAUGUGUCAGACGAUGGACCGGAGUUCCCGCGGUCAUUGAUUUUUGCCAUCAGGUUCGGAGCCCGAGAUUUGGUCGUACUCCUGGAAUUAUUGAAAGGUUUGCUGGCUCUGUGCUCCCAAGGCGUGAUCACAUUGACUUUAUCAGUUGUAUUUUGUGAGUGGUGAUACAGGGGAGUUAACCCUUUCAUUGUCCACUCACAUGGGAUUCUGGGUAAACUGUAAUUAGUGAAAGGGCCGUCUGCUUGUUAUUCGUCCGGAUGGUUUUUCCUAAGGAAUCUGGAUAUUUAAUACCCAUCCUAAUUCUUAUGUUUAAUUGUUACCCACAAUCCACUGCUCCUGUAGCCCUGAGCCCUUAUGCAAUUUGUCACCUUUUAUCCACAGAGUGUCCCUUCCUGAAGAGCCUCCCACUGCCCCUCCCCAAAAUGUCAUCGCCAGUGGGCGCACUAACCAGUCUAUUUUGAUCCAGUGGCAAGCACCACCUGAAAAUCAUCAGAAUGGCAUCCUAAAGGGAUAUGUGAUCAGGUAAGGGUCCAAAGGAAGGCUGGGGGGAUAUGAAGAAGGGCUGGGUGGCAGAUUGCUUCAGGGCAUUGCGGGGGGAUUAGUGAUAGGAAUUAAGGAUUACCAUGAUAUAUGGGGUAAAAGUGAGAAUUGGAUUAGUGAGGGGAGAGGCAGAGGGGAAUAUUGGAUUAGUGAGGGGGGAGGCAGAGGGGGAAUAUUGGAUUAGUGAGGAGGGAGGCAGAGGGGGAAUAUUGGAUUAGUGAGGGGGAGGCAGAGGGGGAGAUUGGAUUAGUGAGGGGGAGGCGGAGGGAGAAGAUUGGAUUAGUGAGGGUGGAUUGGAAUAUUGGAUUAGUGAGGGGGAGGUGGAGGAGGAAGAUUGGAUUAGUGAGGGGGAGGCGGAGGGAGAAGAUUGGAUUAGUGAGGGUGGAUUGGAAUAUUGGAUUAGUGAGGGAGGAGGCAGAGGGGGAAGAUUGGAUUAGUGAGGGGAGUCAGGAGGGUAAAAUUGGAUUAGUGAGGCUUAAUAUUGAGUUAGUAAUGCGGAAGGUAGAGGGGGGAUAUUAAAUUAGUGAGAGGGAGGCAUUGUGGGGCAAUUAAUUACUGAAAGGGGAUUAGAAAGAAGUUAAUCUAAUGUGAUGAAAAAUGGGGAGAUAGAAUUAAAGAUGAUACACUUAAUGUAGGAUUAGUGACGGGUAGUUAGAAGGGCAUAAUAAAUUAGUGAUAGGCAGAGGGUUAGGAUAAUUGCAGUCUAGGUGGGGGGAGAUGGCGAUCAGUGAGGGGCAGGUUGGGGGGUGGUGUUUUGCGAGCAUUAGGUGAGGGAGAUGGGAAUCAGCGAGGGUCAGGUUGGGGGGGUGGGGAUCAGUAAAGGGUAGGUGGGGGGGCAUCAGCGAGGGGCAGAUUGGUGAGUUAUAACAGGGCUGUUGGUUUAGUAAGUGCUAAAUUAUGAGAGUUAAAGAUCAUAUUAUGAGUUGUUUCCCACAGGGAUAAUUAAUAGACAAUAAAAGAAAGGAUUAAUUACAAUGAGACCUAAAAGCCAAGGGCUGAGAGCCAAAGCAAGUUAGGAGGCAGACACAUGUUAGGAGGCAGAGGACAUUGAGGGCAAUAAUAAUGAAUUAUGGAGAAGACAGAGGAUUUGGUCAUAUAGAGAGACAGGAAUAUAGAGACACAGGAAGCUGGAAGAGGCCAACCUAAAAUCUCCCCACUGACCUACCUCUCCUGCUUCCAGGUACUGUCUGUCAGGUCUACCUGUAGGUUGCCAAUAUAGAAACCUCUCCAACCACGACGCAAUGAGUGUUCUCCUUGAGGAUCUUAUCAUCUGGACAAACUACGAGAUAGAGGUGGCUGCGUUUAACAGUGCCGGGCUAGGAGUCUACAGCACCAAAGUUACCGAGUGGACCCUGCAAGGGGGUGAGCUACGAAAACCUACCUAAAGAGAAACCGAAAUGGAUCCUUUGGGAUUAAACAUUCUGUAAAAUGCAACAAAAUGGGGGAGAUGUAUCUUUUAUUUUAUCAGGGCAAGGAAUGGAUAUGUUUCAAUUGGUUGUUUCUGUCCUUGCCCUGUUCUUUAACGUGUUUUUUUUUUCAGUGCCAACCGUGCCCCCUGGUAACGUGAAGGUCGAGGCAGUUAAUUCUACCACACUUCGUUUCACUUGGAGCCCACCAAGCCCUCAGUUUGUUAAUGGGAUUAACCAGGGUUACAAGGUACCUUCAUAUAAACAUCUUGCUGUGACAUGCACCCCUAUAUCCAACGCAUUCCUCGAACUAAACCCACUUUAUUCAGAAUUCUUUGUUUAAUUUAUUUACCUUCUAUAGCAUAUGAAUCCUACAUACAGCAGCGUUGCCGUUUUCAUGUACACAUGUUCACAUAUUCACAUAUUAAGAGUCCAAAAAACAUGUUGGGACCAGCAAGUCUACUAAGAGUGGAAGCGAAACCCUCCAGCGACGAGUCCAGUCACAUGCUGACCGCUUAUACUGAAAUCUUCUAGAUAUAUCUGAGAGACAGACAGACAGAUGUUGGUGGCACCCAAUCUGAAUCUUCACACUAUCAUGUGCCAAAUAAUUUCUAUAGACAGUUAACAAAGAAUUAUUGUUAUUCAAUAGAGGUAGGGCAGCCGGGCCUAAUGACCCUUUGAUUACUUCCUAUUGCAAUUAAUCUGCAUUUACAUUAAUUAAUCUUUCUUACAUGAGGCCUGCACAAACUCUAUGCAUUUAAUUGGCAGACAACUCGAUAACUAUGAAGAUAUUAAACAUCCAUAUUAAAUUGUAAUUAGUAUUUCUGAUUAAGAAAUUCCAUUCUGAAAUCAGUGUCUAAUUAACUUGUCUUGGCCUGUGUGGGUCCUGGCUCUCGUAGCUCCCCUCUCCCUUAAAUCAAACGAUAACAGGCAGGCAAGAAGGCAAAUGGAGUGUGGAUUGGAAAAGAGAACCGUGGGAGGUGGAAACGUGGGGAGGGCAAGGGUUAAAUUAUCUCAUAGCAACAGUUAGGAGAGUUUAUUUACUAAAGACUCUGCUGUGACUAAUUGACAAGCAGAUUGCACAAUUUAUGUCAGAUUAGCCAUAGGCAAUGUUUCUAUUUUAUGAUCUAAGCUUUUUAAAUUGGUCGUUAAUCACUAACACUUACUAUUUAGUUAAAACUUUACCUUUGAAGUGACACUAUAGUCACCCAGACAAUUCCUCUCAAUGAAGUGGUCUUUUACAUUGAAGGGUUAAAUACACUCCUUUUGGCUGUCUUGCAGGGGGGUGGACAGAAUCAAACCUAUAGUCAUGAUAAAAUGAAAAAAAAUAUAUCAAUUUGCACAAAUUUCCUAAGCCCCAAAAAACCUGCCUUUUAUAAAACGUUUUGCCGAGCACGAACUGCCUAGUUACUGCUGGGCUUUGUCUAAUUAGGAGAAAAGAGGGCAAGUCCCCAGAACAAGGCUUCUCAUACAGAGAAAUACAGAGAUUUAGGAGUUUAUAUGAAAAUAUCAUAUUUUAGGGAUGAAUUAGUCAAAGGGCUGUUUUUAAAAAGAUGACUUGCUAUAUAAAGCUAUAGUGGACUGAAAUUCUUAUCAGGCUCAGCCAAACACUGGAUGAGGUUGAUUGGAGUUAUUUUACAUUACAUCAGACGUAUCAAGCAGUAUCUCACUGAGCAUGAUGGGAUUUGUAGUCCACUUGGGUAGGGUGGUCAGCACCAUGGCUUUCUGCUCUCCGUUAAACUGCAUGAUUCUGUCAGCAGGAGCCUUAACACUGUCAGCGUUAUUAACUAAAGUGAGAAUUCGGGAGGAAUGAAUUUCAAAUUUUUAGAACAAAUAUGCUAAACUGAAAGCAGACCUGACUUGUAGAUUUUUUCAAAUUUGGCUACUUUGGCCUUAAGUUUGGAAUUUACUUUGAAUUCUCAAUAAUUCUCUCUUUAGUAAAUACGAGAGAUUCUCAGCCCAGAGAGGUGUGUACGACUGCGUGAAGAAGAUAUUCCUGACACGAUAAUGUUAAACUAACUAUUCAGGUGACCGCCCCCCCCUCCGAUCUUACCUUUUCGUCCUCGCCAUGCCGGUAUCACCGGUGCUGGCCCGCCUCCAUGGCCCAUGGGAAGUCAUUGGGCGGCUAUUACGCAUGCGCAGCAAAACGCAGCCCUGCGCCAAUCAGCAUCUCCUCAUAGAGUUACAUGAAAUCAAUGCACCUCUAGGAGGAAUGUUCAGCGUGCCAUGCAGAGCAUGAAUAGGCUGAAUGUAGUUUCUGCACACUGCUCAGCACUGAGAUAGGAAGCACCUCUAGUGGCCGUCUGAGUGACUGCACCAUUUCCAUGAAAAGGCAGUGUUUACAGUGCUCUCACUGCAGUGACAGGAUAUAAACAGCAGAAUUACUACAUUAAACUGUAUACCAUACAUUAAGCUGUAUACGUACAUUAAGCUGUAUAUUAUACAUUAUGCUGUAUACUGUACAUUGAGCUGUAUACCGUACAUUAAGCUGUAUACCGUACAUUAAGCUGUAUAUUAUACAUUAUGCUGUAUACCGUACAUUAUGCUGUAUACCGUACAUUGAGCUGUAUACCGUACAUUAAGCUGUAUACCGUACAUUGAGCUGUAUACUGUACAUUAAGCUGUAUACCGUACAUUGAGCUGUGUAUCGUACAUUGAGCUGUAUACCGUACAUUAAGCUGUAUACUAUACAUUAUGCUGUAUACUGUACAUUAUGCUGUAUACUGUACAUUGAGCUGUGUAUCGUACAUUGAGCUGUAUACCGUACAUUGAGCUGUGUAUCGUACAUUGAGCUGUAUACCGAAUGAAUAUCUGUCGGCUCAUAUCACGAUGUCGUGUUUAGUGAACAAGUCCCUGUGUGUUCUCGCGUUGAGGUGUUUAGGAUAAUUGUAAUGUGUGUUGGUGCGGCGGGCCUAGCAGGAUAUACGCCGUGGUUCAGAUUAUAAAUGCACGCAGCCACACCUGGACAUCAGUCAGAGUUUAUUACAAUUUCUACUAUAUUGUGCGGAGUCUCUGAUUCCAAAGGCACAUUCUCCUGGGGGCUAUUUAGGCAGCGGUGGGGGGGUUUCUAAUGAACGGCGGGCAAUGUAGCACUCAGGGGUCUUGUAUACAAUGUAGAUGUGAAGCGCGCUUGGUGCAAUAAACCCUGCUUUAUAUACAGGACCCAGGAGUGUUCCGCUAAUUGGCCUAUUUAUACAUUGUAUCUCUAGAUUUUAUUUGAUCGCCUGUUGCCCAGUGCCUUCUCUUUCCUUCUUUUCUCCUGGUGCAGCAUUGACACCCUGUGGCCGCCUUGUGAACUGCGGCUUCCAUGCCAAGCGUACUCUCUUGUCCCUGUAAUGUAAUAUUAAGAUCCAACAAUCCGUCUAAUACCACUAAUCUGUUACAGCGAGAGCAGCCAAGCUUGCCGAGCGCACGUCUCAUGCACACAUACACCAGGGUUUAUAUAGGAAACUAGCAGAGCUGCCGGUGUAAAAUGCAGGAAUACUGCCGUGCAUUCCGAUAAUCCAUACAUUUUUCUCUCAUGAAAUCCCUGACAGUGUGAGUGUGGCGGACUGCAACUCCCACUAACUGCAGCCAAUAUUAAACACAGAAUAAUAAAAUCGGCACAUUAGACCUUUUCAGUGGAUUUUACAGUAUCUUGGUUUCUGUAAGCUCCACCUACUCUAUGGCUGACUUCUCCCACCUCCACCUGCUAUGGGGCAUUAAUGGUUUGUACAUUCUGGGCUUACUUUAUAUUCAGCCCCCACAAAACUGACCUGACGUUACUGAAUUGCAUUUACCACAAUGCUCAGCCAGCCCGUCCUGUGCAUCAUGGGAAAUCUAACAGGGUGACCUACUAAACUGAGAAUUCAAAGUGAAUUGCAAAUUUGAGGCCAAAAUCAGGGAAUGUUUAAAAUUCUGGUAUUUUUACCUUAAAUUUGAAAUUCACUUAGAAUUCUCACUUUCGUGAAUAACUAAAUGGCCCCUGGGUUAGAUGAAACGCUUGCUGGGUGCCGAGGUUAGCUGCGACUCCAUGCACAGAACAUGAUAUGUAAAUUUAAGGUGCGGUGGUUAGUCCCUAGACUAUAUAUAUGUAUAGACUGUUUUAGGGAGCAGUGCCUGAUAUUUAAAUCUUUGGUGACCAAACCUUUAAAGAAAUAUUUUAUUCCAAGUGUUAAAUGAAGGACAGAGCUGAAAGAUUACCUCAAUGCAACAUCAUUAUUAUUUUAGGAACAACUCAGGCUGUUUAGUGAUUGACGUCAUCAUGGCGAAUAUGGAGAUACAGGAGCGAAGAGCCGCAAAGCUCCACGUAUCAACCAUUAUCACAGUAAAUGUUACCCAGAUAGCACAUUCUAACCGCCAUGCUUCCAUUCUUCUCAGCUAAUUACAUGGGAUCCAGCACAGGAAGAUGAUAUCACAGUAAAUGUUACCCAGAUAGCACAUUCUAACCGCCAUGCUUCCAUUCUUCUCAGCUAAUUACAUGGGAUCCAGCACAGGAAGAUGAUAUCACAGUAAAUGUUACCCAGAUAGCACAUUCUAACCGCCAUGCUUCCAUUCUUCUCAGCUAAUUACAUGGGAUCCAGCGCAGGAUGAUGAUAUCACAGUAAAUGUUACCCAGAUAGCACAUUCUAACCGCCAUGCUUCCAUUCUUCUCAGCUAAUUACAUGGGAUCCAGCACAGGAUGAUAUCACAGUAAAUGUUACCCAGAUAGCACAUUCUAACCGCCAUGCUUCCAUUCUUCUCAGCUAAUUACAUGGGAUCCAGCGCAGGAAGAUGAUAUCACAGUAAAUGUUACCCAGAUAGCACAUUCUAACCGCCAUGCUUCCAUUCUUCUCAGCUAAUUACAUGGGAUCCAGCGCAGGAUGAUAUCACAGUAAAUGUUACCCAGAUAGCACAUUCUAACCGCCAUGCUUCCAUUCUUCUCAGCUAAUUACAUGGGAUCCAGCGCAGGAUGAUAUCACAGUAAAUGUUACCCAGAUAGCACAUUCUAACCGCCAUGCUUCCAUUCUUCUCAGCUAAUUACAUGGGAUCCAGCACAGGAAGAUGAUAUCACAGUAAAUGUUACCCAGAUAGCACAUUCUAACCGCCAUGCUUCCAUUCUUCUCAGCUAAUUACAUGGGAUCCAGCACAGGAAGAUGAUAUCACAGUAGUCGUAGUGCGACCCAACUUCCAAGACAGCAUCCACGUGGGAUUCAUCACUGGUCUCAAGAAGUUUACCAGUUACAUGGCAUCAGUCCUGUGUUUCACCUCUCCAGGGGACGGACCAAGCAGUCCCCCUCAACUAGUCUGGACGCAGGAGGAUGGUACGGCAAAAUCCCAUUAUGGAAAAACCAUCGAUGAUGUAUUCAUGCCCUCUUCUUUUCUUGAAACAACAAAAUGAUUUGCAUCUAGAGUUUCUCAGAUUCUACUGUUAUUUUUUUGUAGCUUUGUGGGGUGUCACACAGUCUGAUUUGAUCUGCUUUGGUCUGUAUUUUUAAUAGUUCCUGGUCCAGUUGGCCAUCUGAGCUUCGAUGACAUCUUGGACACUUCUUUGAGGGUGACAUGGCAGGAGCCCACAGAGAAGAAUGGCUUACUGACAGGUAGCUCCAUACUGAGUGAGAAUGGGAUAUUGAUUGGUGGGUCCAUACUGAGUAAGAAUGGGAUACUGACUGGUGGAUCCAUACGGAAUCAGAAUUGGAUACUGACAGGUAGCUCCAUACUGAGUGAGAAUGGGAUAUUGAUUGGUAGGUCCAUACUGAGUAAGAAUGGGAUACUGACUGGUGAGUCCAUACGGAGUAAAAAUGGCAUACUGACUGGUGGGUCCAUACUGGAGAAAUAAUAGAAUACUAACUGGUGGGUCUAUACUGUAGACAGAAUUUGAUACUGACUGGUGGGUCCAUACAGAGUAAGAAUGGGAUAUUGAUUGGUGGGUCCAUACUGAGUAAGAAUGGGAUACUGACUGGUGGAUCCAUAUGGAGUCAGAAUUGGAUACUGACAGGUAGCUCCAUACUGAGUGAGAAUGGGAUAUUGAUUGGUGGGUCCAUACUGAGUAAGAAUGGGAUACUGACUGGUGGAUCCAUACGGAGUCAGAAUUGGAUACUGACAGGUAGCUCCAUACUGAGUGAGAAUGGGAUAUUGAUUGGUAGGUCCAUACUGAGUAAGAAUGGGAUACUGACUGGUGGAUCCAUACGGAGUCAGAAUUGGAUACUGACAGGUAGCUCCAUACUGAGUGAGAAUGGGAUAUUGAUUGGUAGGUCCAUACUGAGUAAGAAUGGGAUACUGACUCCAUACGGAGUAAAAAUGGCAUACUGACUGGUGGGUCCAUACUGGAGAAAUAAUAGAAUACUAACUGGUGGGUCUAUACUGUAGACAGAAUUUGAUACUGACUGGUGGGUCCAUACAGAGUAAGAAUGGGAUAUUGAUUGGUGGGUCCAUACUGAGUAAGAAUGGGAUACUGACUGGUGGAUCCAUACGGAGUCAGAAUUGGAUACUGACAGGUAGCUCCAUACUGAGUGAGAAUGGGAUAUUGAUUGGUAGGUCCAUACUGAGUAAGAAUGGGAUACUGACUGGUGGAUCCAUACGGAGUCAGAAUUGGAUACUGACAGGUAGCUCCAUACUGAGUGAGAAUGGGAUAUUGAUUGGUGGGUCCAUACUGAGUAAGAAUGGGAUACUGACUGGUGGAUCCAUACGGAGUCAGAAUUGGAUACUGACAGGUAGCUCCAUACUGAGUGAGAAUGGGAUAUUGAUUGGUAGGUCCAUACUGAGUAAGAAUGGGAUACUGACUCCAUACGGAGUAAAAAUGGCAUACUGACUGGUGGGUCCAUACUGGAGAAAUAAUAGAAUACUAACUGGUGGGUCUAUACUGUAGACAGAAUUUGAUACUGACUGGUGGGUCCAUACAGAGUAAGAAUGGGAUAUUGAUUGGUGGGUCCAUACUGAGUAAGAAUGGGAUACUGACUGGUGGAUCCAUACGGAGUCAGAAUUGGAUACUGACAGGUAGCUCCAUACUGAGUGAGAAUGGGAUAUUGAUUGGUGGGUCCAUACUGAGUAAGAAUGGGAUACUGACUGGUGGAUCCAUACGGAGUCAGAAUUGGAUACUGACAGGUAGCUCCAUACUGAGUGAGAAUGGGAUAUUGAUUGGUAGGUCCAUACUGAGUAAGAAUGGGAUACUGACUGGUGGAUCCAUACGGAGUCAGAAUUGGAUACUGACAGGUAGCUCCAUACUGAGUGAGAAUGGGAUAUUGAUUGGUGGGUCCAUACUGAGUAAGAAUGGGAUACUGACUGGUGGAUCCAUACGGAGUCAGAAUUGGAUACUGACAGGUAGCUCCAUACUGAGUGAGAAUGGGAUACUGACUCCAUACGGAGUAAAAAUGGCAUACUGACUGGUGGGUCCAUACUGGAGAAAUAAUAGAAUACUAACUGGUGGGUCCAUACUGGAGAAAUAAUAGAAUACUAACUGGUGGGUCUAUACUGUAGACAGAAUUUGAUACUGACUGGUGGGUCCAUACAGAGUAAGAAUGGGAUACUGACUGGUGGGUCCGUGCGGAGUAAGAAUUGGAUACCGACUGGUGGGUUCAUGCUGAGUAAGAAUGGGAUACCGACUGGUGGGUUCAUACUGAGUAAGAAUGGGAUACCGACUGGUGGGUCCAUACUGAGUAAGAAUGGGAUACCGACUGGUGGGUCCAUACUGAGUAAGAAUGGGAUACUGACUGGUGGGUCCAUACUGAGUAAGAAUGGGAUACUGACUGGUGGGUCCAUACUGAGUAAGAAUGGGAUACUGACUGGUGGGUCCAUACUGAGUAAGAAUGGGAUACCGACUGGUGGGUCCAUACUGAGUAAGAAUGGGAUACCGACUGGUGAAUCGAUAUUGGAGACAGAAUGGGAUACUGAAAGAAAUGUCAAUACACAGAGAUUACAAAGGAUAUUCAAAACCACCUUAACUAUAACUCUGCUUGCAGGUUACAAGAUCUCCUGGGAAGAGUUUAACCAAACCAACACUAGGGUCACGCAUUACCUACCCAAUGUCACCCUGGAGUACAGAGUGACCGGCCUCACCUCACUUACCACUUACACCAUCCAGGUUGCUGGAAUGACUUCUAAAGGCCAAGGUGUUGUGUCGUCAUCCACCAUCUCUUCGGGAGUCCCUCCAGGUAAGACGAUAAACACAUUCAUAGAGGAAAAGGGAACCUUGUGUUUUUUUUAAUGACUUGAAAUGGCAGUAAAAGCUAAAGUGAAUUAUUAAUUCUAGCCACAAACUGUGACACAUGCUAUGGAUCCUCUGUUAGAAGGCCACAGCUUUGCUGUACCGAGCACUGUGCAGAGUCGCGGAGAUUAACAAAUGUUAAGAAAGUGGCAGAAUUCUUUCCUUGUUUGGGUGAAUUGAAAAUGGAGGUGAAUUAGAAUACAUUUAAUUGGAAUGAGUACAUUUAAAGCUGUAACCGACUUUACUUAAAGGGACACUAUAGUCACCAGAACAACUACAGCUUGUUGUAUUUUGAAUUUUCCUCAUAGGCCACGCCCCCUUGACGAUUUUAGCCAAUCGGGAAUGCAUUGGAUUGGCUAAAAAUCAGCACUUGUGAUGAUGUCACCAAGGGGGCGGGGCCAGCGCCGGCAGAUCCGUGGAGAGCUGGAAAUAAGGGGGGUUUUAACCCAUUCUGAGGGGUGGGUUUUGCCUUAUAGGGUCAAGAAUACGUUUGUGUUUCUGACCCUAUAGUGUUCCUUUAAAAUUAUAUUUUUCUCUUUCAUAUUAUACUUUAAGGCUUUCUAACCUCUUACUGUUUUUCAGAGCUCCCUGGAGCCCCAACUGUGUUGGGGAUCGGUAACAUUGGCCCUCGUUCUGUCACGUUACAGUUCCGACCAGGAUAUGACGGAAAGACCUCAAUAUCCAGGUGGCAGGUGGAAGCUCAGGUAACGCACAGGAGAUUGUCUAAUUACAAUUUGUUGUUAGCGCCCUGUUUUUAUUAUCACAUUGAUACAAUGUAAUCUGCCCCUUUUUCCAUUGUAGAUAGGUACGGUGGGGGAGACGGAAGAUUGGGUUCUCAUACAUCAGUUGGCAAAUGAACCUAAUGCCAGAUCCUUAGUGGUGCCAGGACUGAACCCAUAUACGCAUUACAGGUAAUGUGAGGGUGUAAGUGAGGACUGGGGUCGAGGAUUUAUAUGUUCACAGGAUGGGAGGGAAUCUCACUGAAGAACUUUGGAGCAUUACAUAUUAAUCUGGUUUCUUUUCCUUCAGCUUCCGUAUGAGACAGGUGAACAUUGUGGGCACAAGUCCCCCAAGUACGCCCUCCAGAAAACUCCAGACGUUGCAAGCAGCUCCAGACAUGUUCCCAGCCAAUGUGACGCUACGGACUGCUAGUCAGACCAGCUUGUGGGUUCGCUGGGUGGUAAGUACCUAUGCCAUGGCUUACACAGUAUCUUUAAUGUCAUUUUCAAACAAACAUCAGUUUAUUAACCUGUAAAAGCUCUAGGUAUCUGUACCGUCCAUUUAAUAGAUUUACUGUGUCCUGAAACUCACUUCCACCAUUUCCUCCCACAGCCUCUGCUGGAAACUGCUUACAACGGCAUCCCCGAAUCCGUGGGAUAUAAAAUCCGGUAUAUGCGGUCUGAUGGCAAAGGGAAAGCUUUCACACAUGUAAUCCAUGAUCGAAUUGAGAGGGAAUACACCAUUGAAGACUUGGAGGAAUGGAUGGAAUACAGGGUGCAGAUUCAGGCCUUUAACACUAUCGGAGCUGGGCCUUGGAGUCCUAUCGCUCUGGCGAGGACGCGAGAAUCAGGUAAGGCAGCAACUCAGAGAAAUAAAAAUGUAAUGGCAUUACUAAACGCAAGUGGAAGACUUGGGCACAGCUAGCAAGAUCUCAACGUUGGGGGGAUUCUAUAUUCUGGGGACACACAGUGACCAUACACCCUCACACCGCGGCUUCUCUGACUAUCUUAGAACUUUCCAUCUCCUGUUUCUAAGGUUCAAAGCUUUAUCUCAGCCCUUCUUCUCUUGCAGUCCCUUCCUCUGGUCCAACCAAUGUCUCUGCUCUGGCCACAACUUCAAGCAGCAUCUUGGUGCGCUGGAGCGAGAUCCCAGAGGCAGAACGCAAUGGCCUCAUCCUCGGAUACAAGGUAUGAGCUUUGAUAAAAUGUGGACGAGCAAGCCUGUCAUGUUCUGUAGAUUUCUAGGUAGUUUUUUGUAACUGUGUCAACAAUGCAUCAACAUUCGGACAGGGAUUGGUCAUCCAUCCUGCUCGCAGCUCUAGAGAUCAGUAAAGUCUAAACUGGAAGCGGAAAACAUGAAAUGCAGAAUCCCACAGACAGUGACACUAAAUAAAUGGGAAUUCAAAUUUAAGACCAGAGAAGCCAAACUGGGAGCAUCGCUGCCUUAGAGAAUGUUUCCAGUUGGGCUAUUUGGACCUGGAAUUUGAAUUUUCACUUUAUUGAAUAGUCGGUUGGUAUGUUAAGCAACUCUACUGAAUAAACCCAAACUCUUUUUUUAUUAUCCCCAAACACCGCUUUAACCCCUUAAGGACCAAACUUCUGGAAUAAAAGGGAAUCAUGACAUGUCACACAUGUCAUGUGUCCUUAAAGGACCACUAUAGUGCCAGGAAAACACUCGUUUUCCUGGCACUAUAGUGCCCUGAGGGUGCCCCCACCCUCAGGGUCCCCCUCCCGCCCGGCUCUGGAAGGGGGUAAAAACUUACCUUUUUCCAGCGCUGGGCGGAGAGCUCUCUCCUGCCUCCUCCUCCGCCCGCUGGCAGCCAGCAAGAGCUGCUUCAGCUGUCACAUAGGAAAGCAUUUAAUGCUUUAUGGAUCGCCGUGCUCUCACUGUGAAAAUCACAGUGAGAGGCACGCAAGCUAGUGGCUGUCAAUGAGACAGCCACUAGAGGAAAUAGGGGAAGGCUUAACCCAUUCAUAAACAUAGCAGUUUCUCUGAAACUGCUAUGUUUAUAAAAAAAUGGGUUAACCCUAGAAGGACCUGGCACCCAGACCACUUCAUUAAGCUGAAGUGGUCUGGGUGCCUAGAGUGGUCCUUUAAGGGGUUAAACACAUUAACACUCUUCUUCUAAAUAAAUAAAUAAAUACAUUUAAGAAGCCUUUUCUGCUACAAUGACCACGAAGCCUCUGCCAGUGUGCCUUCUCAGACUUUGCAAGGUGUGUUGAAUACAUUAGCCAGCAGAGAUUUAUGGGAUUUGUAGUUGUCAUCAGGUGGGAAUUUGAAAGGUCCCAGUAUUCGUCGCCAUUCAACAAAAUCCUGUGUGUUGCUGUGAAUAAUGAAAGAAAUAGUGGGGGUGCCCACCUGGAGGACAGACGCAAUGUGUAUUUUUUUUUGCUUUUCUCUCUGUCUUGCGGGAAUUAGAUCACACAUUGCUCCAGGUAUAGCUUUCCUAGUAGGGAAAUUUUACGUCUCGAUUUAUUGCCCACUCACUCGGACACUGUACGUCUUACUACUGCCUCUCACCUUCACUAUUUUAGGUCCUGUACAAGGAGAAGGACUCUGACAGUCCCACUCAGUUUUGGCUGGUGGAGGGUAACUCCUCCCGUAGCGUCCUGCUUUCUGGCCUGGGGAAGUACGUCCUUUACCAGAUCCAAGUCCUGGCGUUCACCAGAAUCGGUGACGGAGCUGCCAGCUCCCCUGCUAUCUUUGAGAGGACAUUAGAUGAUGGUGAGAUGGAUGUUGGUACCCGUUGUAUCUCGGGAGCAAGAAAGGACUUUACACUGUGAAAUUUCAAAGAUAUAUUUUUUCAUGAAGUACUGCAUGACAGGGUGCAGGAUAAAGUAUCUAUGUCUGUUUGGUUUACGUUUGUUCUAGAAUUCUAGAGAGUGGAACAGUGAAACGCAAAUGAAAGCGCUCACCUCCUGCAGGUUUUACAGGCGAGUGUCGGCAAUUCGCCAUUUCCACCAAGCUGCGCUGUCACACAGCAAUAGAAAUUCAUGUGUUUAAAUGUGGAAUGACAGCGCUUCAUACCAGGGACCAUGAUUGACUGAUCAGGCUUAAUAGAUAGGGGCGUAUACACUAAACAGCAAAUGGUAGUGAACUGAAAAUUAAAUUGAAACAUUUUGCUUAAAAUAGCCAAGCUGUGACGGCCGGAUCUGCAGAAUAUUUACAAAUCCUCGGUUAAUUACUCACUUUUACAAAACGCUAAAAGAAACGAAGUGGAGUUCAUGAAAAAUGAUUAGAAUCUGGAUAAAUGUAAAAAAUAAAAUGUGUUUUCUGGAGUCACUGCUAGUCACCCUCUCUGAGGGUGAAAAUGUGUUUAAUUUCCAGAUACUGUAAGAUUCUAAGAUAGUAAACAUGUUGAUAGAUGUAUUCCUGGUAUUUUUGUUUAAAUAACCAAUUUUUCGGUUUCAGUUCCAGGUCCUCCUGUUGGAAUUUUUUUUCCAGAGGUUAGAAACAGUUCUGUCCGCCUUAUCUGGCAGCCGCCCGCAUCGCCCAACGGGAUCAUUUUAGGUAAAAUAUUAUUUCAUGGUUUGUACUGCGCUGUGGAUCAUGGUGGAGCAUUAUAAAUAGAUUUUACCAAUCCCUACGCACAUUUAAAUAAUUGGGAGGCUUUCAAUAUCACACUACAAUGGCCAUUGAAGUGCAAGCUCACCGGCCACAUCAAGGCAAUGGUUUUAGGGAAGUCCUACGCUAAGAAGUCCCCUAAAAAAGAUAAAAUCUCUCAUGAGACAGAGAGGGGGAUUUCUAUGAAUCCCUACAAUUUUAGUUUAUUUUUUUACAAUCUUUAUUUAGAUUUUUUUCAUUAUUAUUCAGACAAAGGCCAUUGGUACAACUGAGCAUUAUAAAAACGUAUAAUGUAUAGCAAACCAUAGCAAGCGCAGACGUGAUGGCUGAGCUCGAUAGCAUCUGAUUAAUGUGAGUAUUAUUUAUACACUGAGGGUUCGGCUGUGAAUCUCAUAGAAGGCCGUUAUCAAUAUGCAGAGUUUCCACUAACCGAAUGUCUAUAAAAGAUCGCAGUUGAUUAGAGACUAGAACUACAAGUACCAUUAAUAAGGUGGAAGGUGAUAUCAGCCUGAGCUCUCCUAAUAGCAUAGCACAACAUCUCGUGCGUAUCUGUGACCUGAGCUAAUGUCAUGUACACAGCAAUAGAAAGAAUUAUGGAAAUAGUCAUUUUAUGUGAUUUGUAGUAAAGUGUCUUUUUAUGAUGUUUCCCUUUAAAUUGUCCGUCUACCUACAGCGUAUCAGAUCACUCACCGCCUCAACACAACUAAUGCUAAUACAGCCACAGUGGAGGUGCUGAACCCCAGCGUCCGGCAGUACUCCGCCACCGGGCUGAAAGCAGAGUCAGUCUAUCUCUUCCGCAUCACGGCGCAAACUCGCAAGGGGUGGGGAGAAGCUGCUGAGGCUUUGGUGGUGACCACAGAGAAGAGAGGUCAGUAUAAUAUUAAAUUUAUGGGAAAGUGAACAUUGAGUUACAAAUUGUCCAUUUCUUCUAAAGUUUUGAGUGUCCCUUUAAUUCCAGUUAGGGAACUCUCUGUAAUACUACCGAAGCUUAGCAGAAUUUUGUAAAACACGAAUUGGUUGAAAAUCCCGUUACACUUUUAAGAUGUUUGGAUCAAACAGCGCUUGCAGGUGUUACUGUCCAUUUCUUUGUUUUUACACCCAGAUUUAUAUUGUUCAGAAUCUGUCCUCAUUUCUUUAAUGUCUUUUUGAUUCAUUAAUCAUAAAAAAUAAACGGGUAACGUAGGAGUUUUGUUGUUUUGGGUUUUUUUCAGUCUGUUAUUUACGGUUUGAUUUUCUCACUUGCUAAUCACCUGUUACAGGUGCUGCGAUACCGUUUGGUUACCAGAUCCGUGUAAUCGCAUCUCAUUAGGAUUAAUUGGCAGCAGAGAUUGUUUUAUAUUUCCUGUUAAUGUAUUUUUACAUCCAUCUAUUCCUAGGGCCAUUAACUCUUCCCACUUACAAUCACAUCUUGUAGAGGGGAUGUAAUCAAAGUUUAUGGGGCAAUACUGCUUACGUUAGAGGCGAUUCCAUGAGUUCAAUCAUUUUGUGUAGAAGGAGAUUCCUUUUAAUGUAGUGGAAUGAGAUGAUUGAUGUGCUGUCUCCUCAAUAGACCGUCCUCAGCCCCCUGGAAAGCCCCUCGUUCGACAGGAAGAUGUCAAAUCCCGAAGCGUGCUGUUGUCAUGGGAACCAGGAAGCGAUGGCCUCUCUCCUAUACGUUACUACACAAUCCAGACCCGGGAGCUUCCCAGCGGGCCCUGGACGGUGCAUUCUGCCUCCGUCAGUCACAACGCCACCUCCACUGUUGUUAACCGGUAAGCAGAUUUGGGGUAAAAUUAUGCUAUUUCAGCUCCGUCAAGUCACAUGAACUAUUAAUGUUUAUCGUUAGGAUAUUCUAGGGAGAUGAUGGAUGACAAUUGCUCUGAACUAUAUUUCCCAUGAUGCCUAGAUGGCCUCUAACCAAUUCUCAAACCUCUUCAGUGCCCAUAUUAGUGAUCCAUCUUCUAUAGAAUCCCUGUAACAACACAUUGAUUAAGCGUCCUUUAUCUCAAUACCCGCACACAGAGAAAGGGGGCAUGGCCGCUAGCGGUGCCCUGUGUUUAGUUAUAAAUUAUAUCAAGGGGCAGUCUGUACACUAUAACCACUCCAGUUCUUUGUAUCAUUACACCUGCUUUGCUUUAUAGUGUAUAUCAUAUCCCGUGACCUGUACAAAUUUUGGGCGUGCCGGAGGAUUUCAGCUACCGGAGGAUUUGUCAGAGUAGAAAUGUUGUGUCCCUUUCUGCCAAAUCUUUUCUGCCUCUCUCACACCAAAAAUGUUAAUAGUGGCAUCUCUCUGAGACAAAUAAAAGGGCUGUAGCGCAGUGCGUAUGGUCUAUCUCUGCAAAGUGAGCGUAGAGAAGAUGGGCUUUGCCUGGCCGGAAUCCCCAUUUCUUUUAUUGAUGCUUGGAAAUAGUUUUACAAAAACAGAGGCAGAAUACCGAUAGACCAUAAACACUGCCAUAACUGUAAUAAUAUAAUACGCUGUAAUGGUUAUGGUGCUGCAAGUUGUUAAAGUUCCUUUCAGUCGUAGUAUCUAACCCAUACCUGGUCCGGGGAAAUUUCUAUAUUGAAAAGUCUACCUACCUAAUGUUACUACAUUUAUACGUUAUUUAUACAUCAGCUCCAGCUGCUGCUGUGGUGUUGGCUGAGGUGUAUGGGAGUGGUUUGUCUAAUUGUUAAACAUUCUGCAUGGUUACAGUCACCGAGUAAUUAUUAUUUUUUUGUCUUAGACUGAAACCGUUCACUUCCUAUAAAUUCCGUGUUAAAGCGACAAAUGACAUCGGGGACAGUAAAUACAGCGAGGAAUCAGAGUCUCUGACUACGCUGCAGGCUGGUGAGUAUCGUCAGACAACAAACUGACCAGGAGCCAGCAACACCGUGGCAAGGGGGGACACCAUUGCUAAACCGUCUGCCCCGUUACUGGGGUAUACUGCGAGGUAUACAGCGGGCUGUACUGCGAGUUAUACAGUGGACUGUACGGCAAAGUAUACAGCGGGCUGGACGGCGAGGUAUACUGCUGGCUGUACGGCGAGGUAUACAGUGGGCUGGACGGCGAGGUAUACAGCGGGCUAUACAGCACACUAUGGUGGUUAUGAUGCUUGGAGUAACCCUUUAAGCUGCUCAGGGUGUUGUUCCUUUAAGAUCUGCACCAUGGAUUGAAGCAGGAUGGAACCGAAUGACUAUUUUGGACUGCCGUGCAGGUGUGAUCAGUCUGAUGAACAAAUGGUACAUUCUGCUUUUCAGUCAGUCACUGCUUGGGUCUCGGAACAAGUUAAACUCCAAGUACUAUAACCACUGCAGCUUAUUAUAGAGGCUAUGGUGCAAAGAUUCCUACUGGAGGAGUCUGCUCGAUCCUCAUAGCACUCCAGCUGAUGAACUACAAAUCCCAUAAUGCUUUGCCAGGCUUUACCAGAGUCGUAUUGCUGAGAAUUUAGUUUAGAUAUUUAUAAAGUGUGAGGAAACAAUGUAAUAAAUAUAUUUUUUAUUCUAGCACCUGACGAAGCUCCAUUAAUUCUUUCUGUGACACCUCACACCACAACCUCCAUUCUAAUUCGCUGGCAGGUACGUGUCUGUGUUUAUUCCAGUAUGUUUAGAUUUUUUGUAUAACUAUAUAACUAUAUUCUCCUAUCGACGUUUGGAGCCUGAUUGUCCACUCAGCAAAGCUCACAUUUUAUUGAUUAAAUCCCUCUCUAUAUUGAGAAUAGAGCGACCUCUCGGCCCUUUACCAUAAUGCACGUCUGUUCACUAAACUGGGCAUUUUACAAAUAUACAUAUUAGGCCAAAGUAGUAAAACUGGAUUUUAAAAAGAAAGUAUUGUUAUCCUUUAUUUCUGAAGCGCCAACACGUUCCACAGAGCCGUACACGGGUAGAACUGGUACAAAUAAAAAACAAAACAAAGGUACAAUACAUCUGAGACAAUACACAAUGUAACCAGAAAACACAGGAGGAGUUGGGGGCCGAUUCCGUAGGGACAGACAAUCGUUAUUUAAUAACAUACUCUGCAAACAGAAUGCCUUCAAAAGGAUCACACAUCAAAAAAUAUCCCCAAAAUUCUCAGAAACUAGAGUGUAAAACAUAAUUUAUUAUUCCAAAAUCUAUUAAGGAAAUAAAAUAGAAAAUCAAUGGUAACAAGACAAACUAUCAAUUAUAUUUCAGAAUUAAACUAAGAGACACAAGUUUUCCGUAAUGUUCUUUAUUUUUUGUGAUCUAGUGACGUUGGGUAACAUUUAUCUCUGGCAGUCCGUGUCGCACACCUUGUGAUAUCGCCAUUGAUCCAGCACGUCCAAUCGAAUUUUACUUUGUAACUCGGAAGACUGUUGAAUUAUUAACUGUGUCAUUCUUUAUCUUUCUGCACCUCACACAGUCGUUCUGGUUAAUAAAUAGAUUCGUUGGAUAGAGAAAAAUAAGAAAUUAAUAUUUAAAGCCAGCUCUGGACUUCUCCCUGAAUUUUAACCCUAUAUAAUUAUUAUCACAGGCCCCAGCAGAGGACAAGAUUAACGGGAUCCUGCUAGGGUUCGGAUCCGGUACCGUGAACUUGCAUAUGAUGGUCCGAGAAGUUUUACUGAACGGACCAUCAACAACCCCAGCGUGAAGUGGGCGGAGUUAAAUGGUAAGUAUAAACGCACGCGCUUUAUGCCCAUUUUUAAUAGGAAUGAAAGGGUUAGCUCACCCCUGCUAGCUUUUCCUACUCUAGAAAAAUACAUAUUCUCGCUGUCUCUGCAGCUUUUAUACGUGUCAUUGUUGCGUGCUUUGCUCUGUUAAUAUCGCAUUUCACAGGUGCAAUGUGCGUUUGUGUGUCAACUGCGAAGUCAGAUUCUGGGUGAAGCCUUUAUUGCAGACAUAGCAGUCUCCUGAUCUUGCUGUGAUCACAGAGUUUGUCACGUAAACCCUAUAGCCACGUAUUCACACAGCCACGAGAUUUAAAAGGAAGCACUCUUUUUCUUCAGUACAGUAAACGCUGCUUGCUGGAAAAGGAGACUAUUUCUUGUGAUCACAGGGUACGCGCCACAAUGAUUCGCUCUGUAUGACGGCAUGUUAAUAUAAAAUACUCUUAGCUAGCGGCUGUUCUCACUGUGGGACUGAGAGCGGCCAGGGUGCUGAGCAACUCUUAUAACUCUCAGCCAUGCCCUGACACUGAUGGAAACGUGAUGUGACUGAGGUGGUGAUAGUUGCCACUGUUUAGGCAGUCUUUAGUGGACUUGCCAUUGAAUGGAGCUGGCUGUUAGACCAUUGUAGUGAACACCCAGGGCCAGGGGAGUCAAACUCAGAUACAUUCAUAGCAAGCUAACCCUUGGAGAAUAACAGUAUCGCACAGGAGAAUAGCACAAAGUGUUUGUGUAUCCCAGCUGCAGGUAUUUGGAAUUUGCUUUUGUUUGUCUGUAUGUCCUGCUCAGUGUAUACUAACAGUCCGUCACUGUUUUCCUUUCCUCCCUUUGCACAUCCUCCUACCACCCCAUCCCCUGCAUGUCUACCUCCUGUUUAGCGGCCUACAUGAUCCGGAACCUCAGUGAGCCGUCUCUCAGCCAGUACGAGCUGGACAGUAAGUGCUCUGUUAUCAUUGUGCUAAAUGGGAGCUAAGCUGUACCCGAGUGAUACCGGCUGUGUAAUGACAUUAUUCAGGUUCAGCGGGUGUGACGGAGAGGGGCUGAGUGCGUAUUAGGAGCUGACUCACCCUCAGAGCUAUUCACCAGACUAUUGGCCAUUCCUGUUUAAAAGAAUUGAAAUUUGGAGGAAAAUUGUGUCUCGUCCAAAUCUCAGAACGGCACAAUGGAAGAAUGUACUAAUCCCAUGACAAAGAAAGUCUUCCAUGAGCGAUUCAUUCAUUAGUUCAGGGGUUUCCAACCCAGUCCUCAAGUCCCCCCUACCAGUCCAGGACUUUGGGAUUACCCUGUUGUGUCUAAGGUUUUUUUUCCCUUCUAAAAGGGAUACUUGAGGACUGGGUUGGAAACCCCUGCAUUAGUUCAUUCUUGUAAAUUCUGAAAAUAUUAUGAGUGGUUACCAUAUUUAAGGAUUAUGAAGCUACUAAACACUUGAAAGACCAAAAUGAAGAAAAGGGCUAUUGUCAAUCUUUCAGCUGUUUAGUAGAUCACAUUAAAUGUAAGUGCCAUAUUUAAGGAUAAAUGAAAGCUAUUAAUAAGAUACCCUUAAAUAUUUCAAUCCCACGUAAGGGAAAAAAAAUUAUGGGCUUCUCUAAGCCACUCAAAGAUUUGCCAACGAUGCCGGCAUUUCAUGGUCUGAAUGGAAAUUAUGAACCGAAAAUAUUGGCCAAAUUUCACCUGAAACAAAUCCACUAACUAAUUUAUCUAUUUCACCAUAACCACUACAAGUGUUAAAGGAGCAGAGUAGGACAAUAUAGCAUUAGGAAUAAAUGUAUUUGUGUUCCUUUAACUGCAUAGUUCAGAAGCAUAAAAAAAAACAUGCAUUUUGCAAGCUAGACAUUCCCUUUAAGCGGCUGUGCAGCUUCCCUGAAUGAUGCCACAUCGGGCACUGCGAAUUCCACUGGGAACGUUGUGAAUUCCGCUGGUAACUUUGCAAAUUCCGCUGGUAGUGCUGUGAAUUCCGCUGGUAACUUUGCAAAUUCCGCUGGUAGUGCUGUGAAUUCCGCUGGUAACUUUGCAAAUUCCGCUGGUAGUGUUGUGAAUUCCGCUGGUAACGUUGCAAAUUCCGCUGGUAACUUUAAAUGGAUCCUUAGUGCAGUGACGGCAAACCUUGGCUUGGAAACUAUGGUGGACUAAAUUUCCCAUGAUGCUAAACCAGCCUUAGUGUUUCAUAUACAGAACUGCUUUCAGAGCAUCAUGGGAAGCCCCACAGACUCCAGCUUUAAGGUGGCAUUGCAGGAACAUGGUAAAACCAGGCAGCGUGAAUAGAUAAUUACUGCUGUGCAGGCUGGUAAUUAAUAAUGUGAUUAAAUGAUCCCUGAGUGUACGUAUUGUAAAUGCUUUUAAUGUCACUUUCUACCAUCUCAGAUCUGAGCAAACACAAGCGUUACGAGAUUCGUGUGAGUGUGUACAACACGGCCGGGGAAGGACCGACCAGCAUCCCCCAUGAGGUGUUUGUAGGAGAGGCAGGUGAGUCGUUUCAAUCCUUAAACGUUUCGUCAUUCGGUUAGACGGCAGCGGGUUUCAGUCACCCUGGUUUCCUCGGAAUUACUCUAUCCAAGACUCUCAAUUGGUUCUCUCCUUUCACCAUCAGUGGUAAUAAUGUGAUAGAGAGCUUUAUACCGGGGUAGGGUAUAACAUGUCUUUAUAGUGACCGGGACCGCUCAUGGUAGAGGGCUGAAUUUGACACGAUCACACAGAGCACGACUGCACCAUGACGCAGAGAAUCUGAUAGUGAAUACUAUGAACUGUGUAAUACUGCAGCCAGAAUAGUGAAUAUGUUACACCACUAACACUAAAUGCUUUCUGUUUUAGUGCCUUCAGCUCCACCACAAAACGUGGCUGUCCAGAGUGCCACAGCCGUGCAGCUUGAUCUAACGUGGGAUCCUCCUCCUCUAGAGACACAAAAUGGAGACAUCCAAGGAUACAAGGUGCCUUUCAUUUUAUGAAUACCUACAGGGAGCCCUGAGCUUGGAGCUUAAUAACACAGUGAGCUAUAACAACAUGCACAACAAAGCUUAAAGGGACACUGUAACUACUAAAUCGCAUUAAAGUGGUUAUGAUGUUUGGAUUCCCCUGGCGCCGUAAUUCCAUUCGGCAUUAAACCGUUUUUAAUGUUUUAAUGCUAAACGAGAGCCCCAGCAGUCCAUCCUCUCUGUGCUGUGGAAGCCAAUGAGGAAGCAUUAUCCUGGGCAGCAGUGAUUGGCUGAGAGUGUCAUCUGACAUCUUUCCUCCUAUCACAGCGCCCAUUGCUGGUAUGAAUCGGUACGGCUAGAAGGAAGUGUGUAAUCUCUGCCUUAGCCACACCUCAAUUGGGGGCGGAGUUGUGGGAACCAGAGACCCUCAUUCAGUGUUUAACUGCUGUAAAGAGGUUUAACACUGAAUGGAGAGACAGCACCUGGGGACUCCAAGCACUCUAACCACUUCAAUGAGAUGAAAUGGUUAUAAUGCCUACCGUGCCCUUUUAAGGUGAAUUAAGGGAAGCUAUGCUUGCCCUGGUCUGGUCAAGAUUACCUGCUAUACACAUACUCUCAUGCUCUUUCAUGGCAGACCGGAUAAACCGCUACAUUUAUUAAAAAUCACAAAGAGUAGUUUAGUUUAACUGCUGUCCGUGUCCGAGAUGGUGUAACUUGUACAGUGAUCUUAAAAACAACAAUUCAUUACAAGUGAGAAAUAAAAUUUAAAUAAUUCAAAACUGCAGCUUUUAAGAUACAGCAUUAUAUUAUAUACACUAAAAUAAAAAAACGCGUGUCCAGUAAUAAAGUAGUGAGGUGCAUGCUGGGAGGAGCGGGGAGUAUUGCUGUUUAAGAAGCUAUGAGAGGGGUUAAAUAAAUUAUAAUGAAAUAAAAUAUUAGUAUUAAUUAAAUUUUAACAACACAGCAUAUAUAAAGUAUUAGCAGUCCUUUGUUACUCUGUUAAUUAGAGAGAAACUUUAUUUUUUUCCUGUAUGAAAUGUUAGCGCAGACGAACGGCUCCAGGAAACGACAUCAUAUUCUGCCGUUAAUGUGUUUUCAGACAGCGCAGAUCGCCAUUUACCUUUUUAAAACAUCCCGUCUGCCGUACAUGCAAGGUGUGUGACAGGUUGAGGGCUUGUCCAUGGGCUCUGGGGGCUUCUGUUACACAGCUCAGGUCCCCAAAAUAUUAUACAAGGAACAACUAUUUCCACGGAACACAGUAACAGAACUAGAGACAGAGAAAAAAACUGCGCAAAAUCCAAACAUACAAAAUAUCUGCCGAUCUAGCCUGGUGCAAUCCCACUGCCAGACAGCAGAGGGUGCUCUCUCGUUCCCAUAUGUGGAGUUACUCCAUAAAAUGAAACUAUAACUAUUAUAUAUAAUAACAAGGUUACUGAGCGUAAAUGGCGGAGCUGGAAUAAUUCGUAUAGAAUUAAACUGUAACUAUUAUAUAUAUUAACAAGGUUACUGAGCGUAAAUGGCGGAGCUGAAAUAUUGUAAAUACAAUCAUUACUGAUCCAGCGGACACUUUUAUUGUCUCAAAGUAUAAAAUGCUUGAGCGAUUCCCCUUCAAUUAAACACCACAUAUCAAUAUUUUAUUCCACAUUCAUUUUCAUGUACCCAGUAGUUCAGUGUUUUAGACUUUAUACACAAACAUUGCGGGGUGCCUGGAAGUGCCUCAAAAAUGGCCUCCUUUCCAUCAGUCAAACUGGCGAGUUUUCUGCGAUAAAUUAGCAACUUUCACUGUCUGUUUUUGUUCAGUUUAUUUAAAGAAUCCUUCAUAUUAUCUUUAUUUUUUUUCCCAAGCAAUAUUACUUUUAUCUUAUUUUGUGAACAUUCACAAUGGUAAAAUCAUGGCAAAAAAAAACUGAGCAAAAUGUCCAAGAGGGGAAUAAAAGUUAUCGGAAACAGAUUAUUUUAUACACAAUAAAGUGGUGCCUGAGCAGGAAAUGUGAAAGUGAAUUAAAACACUUCAUAUAAAACUGUUAAUUAGGGAUAUAUAAUAAGCACUGCUAAUAAAUGAGGUGGAUUCCCCUUUCUUCCUGACCUCCAUGUGCGUAUUUCUCACAGAUAUUCUUCUGGGAAGCGAUGCGGAAGAACGAGACGGAAAAGGUGAGAACACUGUUCCUACCAGAAAGUGGAGUCAAACUGAAGAACCUGACCGGAUAUACCACGUACCUGAUUAGCGUGGUAGCUUUUAAUGCCGCGGGUGACGGACCCAGGAGCCAGCCAGUCCGUGUUCAGACUCAGCAAGCCGGUGAGUACCCACACACUAACUGCAAACCUUAAAGAAGGGAUCACAGGGAAACUCUGCUUUUUGGUGGAGUGGUAAGAGAUGGCCUUUUUUCCUGACCAGAGAAUUGUUCUCACGGUUUAGUAAAUAAAAGAUACCCCCAGUCUAGCAAGAACAAACCGCAAACAGAUCGGAUUAUUCUAACUGGUUAGGUUCAAAGUCGCUGUAAUAAUUACACAAUCUCAGCCAAAACAAUUACGAGUCAGAGGUUCUUCCAAACAGCAAGUGACACCCUCGGGGAAAUGUUCCUGUCACCUCUUUGCUGUGACGAUACAAAGUGACAAUUUAUCUCAUUGCUGCAAGCCUUCAAAUAAGCUCCACACAACGAUUCCUAAAAAUGAUUGAUUUUGACACUCCUCAGUUUAGUUCACUUCCAGGAUUUUUAUCUUGGUAACAACAAGGGAAUAACUAAAAAUGUGGGUGAAAAGGUGGACUUUAAUAGUCUUUCUUCUGUAACAUUGAAGACUAGCCAUGACCCUGUAGGCUCGCUGAGCAUCAUGGUAAGUGGUCCUCUUUCGGUUGCUAUGGCAACAGCGAAGCAUGUUAAAUAGGAUUGUACCUAAAAUUAAGUUUUAGUAAAAACAAAACCAACCAAGCUAUGAAUGACAGUGUAUAAUGUGACCUCUAAUUAAAGGUUAAUGUUUGUUUAGCCUUUUUUGCUGUGUAAACGGGUCUAGUGACAUUCCGUCAUGGUUACCACGCUGCCCCGGCGGGAUGUUCAAGCCGGAUUUAGCCGAGUAAUUUGGGGAGAAGGCCUGAGCAGGUGCAGAGCAGCUGGAAGAUCGGUGUAUUUCUCUCCCAGUCUCAGAUGGCUCACUAGCUGGGAUUUGGAGGGAUUGUGGCGUUUUCACUAAGUGCGAUUAAUACAUACUGUUUUAACGUCCACCUUCCUGUUGUGAUCUAUUUACACACAGUUUCCACCCCAAACUUUCCCAGUUCUCCAUUAGCACAUUACCUUUACACAAGUAUUUUCCAUCUGCACCUUUUCGGGACACCUUGUCUGAUGCCUCUCGUUUUGUAUGAUGCAACCACUCAGUGGCGUUCUGAUGACGCAGUCUCCGAUGCUUAUUUUACUCAUUCACAUUUUUUGGGUGAUUUUACAUUGGCGUGAGUCUUGAAUACUAUAAAACAAAGUAAUAACAGAGCCACAACACCAGAUAGUUUGGCAAUGGAGAGUUUUAUUCCACCAUGUGUGGACAGGGCAACAUUUUAACCCAUGCACCGAGUCUGUGUAAAGCUUAAUGGAGCUCGUUGUGGAGUCCACUCACAUGGUGGAAUGAAGAUCUCAAUUUUUUGGUGUUGCAGGUCCAUUAUUACUAUGCGACUUUGGGGGGUAUCCUUGGGAGCCUGCACCCUCGUUUAAUGUUAGGAGUGCUAGAUCUCCACGUCGGACUAUUUCUACCACUAUAAAAGACAAACUAUUACUUUGUACCCGUGGUUCUAGUUUUCACCAGCUGUUAAUUGAACGCAUUCAAUUCAGAUUAUCUACAGUCAUUGCAGCUUUGUUGUGUGAAGAUAAGGUGCCACAAAAAUCAUAAUCAUUUUAUCCUCUCAUUCCCAGCCCCAAGUGCUCCAGCCGCAAUCCGGUUUAGUGAGUUAACCACCACCUCUGUCAAUGUCUCGUGGGAUAUACCCGUCUACCCCAAUGGUAUUCUGGAGGGGUAUCGGCUGGUGUACGAACCCUGCUCCCCAGUAGAUGGUAAGCAUGUGCAAGGAAAAAUAUGUUCCUUAACGGCCAUGUACAAACCUACACUAACAAAACCAAAACACGCAGCUCGCAAGCCAUUUAUUUAGUAAAUCUUGGUGAAAUCACAUUUCUUUUCGGAUAUGAUUUUCAGGGGUGAGCAAGAUUGUGACAGUGGACGUGAAGGGAAACAGUGCCCUGUGGAUGAAGCUGAAAGAUUUGGCUGAAGGAGUGACUUACCGGUUCCGGAUCCGGGCCAAAACCUUUACUUAUGGACCAGACCUUGAAGCGAAUGUGACGACUGGUCCUGGAGAAGGUAGGUGUCUGUUUCUAAGCAACACAUUCAUAUAGCAGGCACUGAAAGAUUCAUUGUAAUUGGGGUAUUUGUAAUAAAAGGUAAGCCACGUUUAAUUAUCAUCCCGGAUGAAGGAAAUCACUGCAUUUUUCUUCUGUAUAUUUAUGACUCAGGUGCCCCAGGUCCACCAGGAGAGCCUUUUAUAUCCAGAUACAGCUCAGCAAUCACCAUCCACUGGUCGAGUGGAGAUCCAGGGAAGAGUCCAAUCACCAGAUACAUCAUCGAGGCAAGGCCUUCAGGUAAUCAUAAGAUCCUAUGAUUACCAUAUACUAUGUGAUGAGUUCUGUAUAAAAACUCACUGGAAGGACAUGUUCUGUUUGUCCCACACAGAUGAAGGCCUGUGGGACAUUCUAAUCAAAGAUAUCCCUAAAGAGGCGACAUCGUAUACCUUCAGCAUAGACAUCCUGAAGCAGGGACUGAACUACGACUUCCGAGUGAUCGCUGUAAAUGAUUACGGAUACGGGACUCCCAGCGCACCCACCACAUCCGUCUCAGGUAUAACACUGAGGAAGACAGACUUGGCAUGCCAUCCCCAAAAUGUAUCUCAGAGAGAAUUCCAAGAGUCGAUUAAAAUGGUGGAUCAAGUAUUUCAGUAUUUGGGAUUUACACUUUAUAUAUAUAUAUUAAAGGCAAGUAGCAGAAAAACAAUAAAUUGAAAAGUUUGAAUUCACAGCUCUGUUAGGAUUAGUGAAAACAGGCUGGAGUUUGGGGUUUAUCGUGGUCGGUGAUAGAUUACCUAAUGGCAGCACCGUGUUUCUCUAAAAUGCAGAUUUAAUGCAGCCACCAAAGCUCAACUUGUAUUCAAGCAUCCGGGACUUUAACUCCUUUCUACCAACCCAUCCACUCCCCCCCACUCCUUACAUAUAGUCAGGAGGAAUCCCAUUCUUGGCUAUAGAUCAUUGUAAUGAAUGUGUGAACAUUGUGUACACAGAACUUUUAAUUUUGUUUUAAUUUUUUUUUAAAUAGUACUGUUACUCGGGAGCCCUAACCCACCACUUUUUCUAGUUAUACGUGGCUAAGUGGCUAAGUGGCUGUCUGUGGCAGUACUGUUAAUGAAUGGGUUCGCUUGUAUGUACGUAGUGGGGAUUCGCGAUGCAGCCUAGAACAUAAACUAACCCCAUUAAACCCCCCAAUAACGACAGACCACUUAGUAUGGAUGAACAGGCCACAGCAUUUAUUAUCACAAACUAAAUUACUGCAUAACACAUCCAUAACUUUAUUUAUGAAAUCUCUUCUUUCUGUAACCAAAAAACGUUAGACAUAAAUAAGCAUAAAUUAACAUAUAUACAUAUAUAACUCCACCCAUAGUGUUAUACAGUGACCCAACCGUCCUUGCCAAUAAACAUACAGUGGUUCCUAAUCACCACUUCCUCUCACCUCCCCCCUCGUCAUAAAAAUCAUAUCUUUCCAAUGCCCGCCAUCAGCCGACCUUAUCCACGCUCGAUGGGCACGACACCUCAGGCAACCUAAUGUUAACCCUUUGAAGCAGGGGAGGUUGAGACCUUAAAAACUUGUUCAUCUCAUUCCAUAUACUUAAACGUAACCCCUCAAACUCAAUUGGCAAGGACAUACCCCUGGCUAGCUGUGACAAAUAUACUAAUAGGGCAGGUGGGAGGGAAGCUGUUUGCUGCCCCGUAUCCCAAGUGGCACUGAGGUAAGACCACCCCCACACUAACUUUCCCAGAACAUAAUCCCACCCACACACUCUUUCCCAUCCAAUCCCAUGCAUCUAUCCCCACACUCCUACAUGUGCCCUUGUCCGCUUUUCUGCGCUAUCUCCCCAGGGCCUGGUCUCUUUUAGCCAUUAGCCCAAUGCAUUCCCAGAUAGUAAAUAACAGCCCGUUGUCCUCAGUCUCUUCUAAACCAGAACCUGAACGUGAGAUCUGUAUAUCAGAAGUCCAAUGCCACCCCAGUAUUAUCGGUUUCCCUAUCGAUUAAUUUGUCAGUAAUGUUGGCAUUUUAAUUGCUCAGAUUAAACUUUCCCUAAACGAUGUGAAUGGUACGACGCACCUAAUAUCGUGCCAUUUCCGGCCCAUUGGUUAAAUGAGCAUUGGGCUGUGUCGAUAAUCUGUGUGAUCAACCUCAUUAAUGAUGAAUGCUGACCUCACCAUGUGCAGAGUAACCCGUACCUGGUGUGUAGGUAAGUACUUGGGUUUCAUUCAGGAGGUGAACCUCGGGGUAUGAAGGGAGCUGGUUUUUAACUCCUCGCCCUCCUCACUGCCGCCUUAACCCAUUUCCCCCUGCAGCACAGAAAGCGAAUCCGUUCUAUGAAGAGUGGUGGUUCCUCGUGGUUAUUGCGCUUAUUGGGCUUAUCUUCAUUCUGCUCCUGGUAUUUGCCUUAAUUAUCCGCGGACAGAGCAAGAAGUACGCCAAAAAAUCUGACUCCGGUGAGAGAUUAAGGACCAUUUCCGUAGCGAUAUAAUACAUUGGAUGUUGUAGCUGAUACACACAGUGCUGAUGGUCUCUCCAUAUACCCUCACAGGCUGUAAUCCCAAGACCAGCACGUUAGGACACGGAGAGAUGGUCAGUCUGGAUGAAAGCAGAUUUCCUGCUCUAGAACUGAACAACCGUAGGCUUUCAGUAAAGAAUUCCUUUUGCAGGAAGAAUGGCAUCUAUACAAGGUAUGGGGGGCACAGGGUAACUGGUUCCCACAAAGGGGGGCGGUGUCUGGCAUGGGGUAACUGGUUCCCACACAGGGGGGCGGUGUCUGGCACAGAGUAACUGGUUCCACACAUGGGGGCGGUGUCUGGCACGGGGUAACCAGUUCCCACACGGGGGGGGCCGUGUCUUGCACGGGGUAACUGGUUCCCACACAGGUGGGCCGUGUCUGGCACGGGGUAACUGGUUCCCACACUGGGGGGCAGUGUCUGGCACGAAGUAACUGGUUCCCACACAGGGGGGUGGUGUCUGGCACGGGGUAACUGGUUCCCACACAGGGGGGCGGUGUCUGGCAUGGGGUAACAGGUUCCCAUACAGGAGGGCAGUGUCUGGCACAGGGUAAUCGGUUCCCACACGGGGUGGCAGUGUCUGGCACAGGGUAACAGGUUCCCACACAGGAGGGCAGUGUCUGGCACAGGGUAAUCGGUUCCCACACAGGGUGGCAGUGUCUGGCACGGGGUAAGCGGUUCCCACACGGGGGGGGGCGUGUCUGGCACGGGGUAACCGGUUCCCACACGGGGGGGCCGUGUCUUGCACGGGGUAACUGGUUCCCGCACGGGGUAACUGGUUCCCACACUGGGGGGCAGUGUCUGGCACGAGGGAACUGGUUCCCACACAGGGGGGUGGUGUCUGGCACGGGGUAACUGGUUCCCACACAGGAGGGCAGUGUCUGACACAGGGUAACCGGUUCCCACACAGGAGGGCAGUGUCUGGCACGGGGUAACCGGUUCCCACACAGGGGGGGCAGUGUCUGGCACCGGGUAACUGGUUCCCACACAGGGGGGCGGAUUCUGGCACAGGGUAACUGGUUCCCACACAGGAGGGCAGUGUCUGGCUUGCGGGGUAACCGGUUCCCACACAGGGGGCAGUGUCUACAGCACUAGGUAACUGGUUUCCCUGAGGCCCAGUUCUUGCAGGGGUAACUGGUUUCUACACACAGGAGGCGUGUCUGGCACAAAGUGUCGGUUCCCCUGCAGUGGCAGUGCUGUACCCGGGGAGUAACGGUUCCCACACAGGGGGCAGUGUCUGGGACGGGUAACUGGUUCCCACACAGGGGAGGGCAGUGUCUGGCACAGGGGUAACAGGUUCCCACAGAGCGUGUCUGGCACAGGGGUAACCAGUUCCCACGCAACAGGGGGGCGUCUGGCACGGGUAACUGCCCACACAGAGGCGGAUUCUGGCACAGGGUAACUGGUUUCCCACACGGGGGAGGGCAGUGUCACAGCACGGGGUAACGGUUCCCACACAGAGGCAGUGUCUGGCACCCGGGUAACUGGUUCCCACACAGGGAUUCACAGCACAGGUAGCUGGUUCCCACACGGGAGGGGCGGUGUCUGUACGGGGUAACGGUUCCCACACAGGGGGGCAGUGUCUGGCACUGGGUAACUGGUUCCCACACAGGGGGGCGGUUUCUGGCACGGGGUAACUGGUUCCCACACAGGGAGGCAGUGUCUGGCACAGGGUAAUCGGUUCCCACACGGGGUGGCAGUGUCUGGCGGGGUAACAGUUUACAGGGGCAGUGUCUGGGACCGGGUAACUGGUUUCCCACACCCAGGCGUGUCAGCACAGGGUAACUGGUUCCCACACUGGGGGGCAGUGUCUGGCACGAGGGAACUGGUUCCCACACAGGGGGGUGGUGUCUGGCACGGGGUAACUGGUUCCCACACAGGAGGGCAGUGUCUGGCACAGGGUAACCGGUUCCCACACAGGAGGGGCAGUGUCUGGCACGGGGUAACCGGUUCCCACACAGGGGGGGCAGUGUCUGGCACGGGGUAACUGGUUCCCACACAGGAGGGCAGUGUCUGGCACGGGGUAACUGGUUCCCACACAGGGGGGCAGUGUCUGGCACAGGGUAACAGGUUCCCAUACAGGAGGGCAGUGUCUGACACAGGGUAACCGGUUCCCACACAGGGGGGGCAGUGUCUGGCACGGGGUAACAGGUUCCCAUACAGGAGGGCCGUGUCUGGCACGGGGUAACAGGUUCCCAUACAGGAGGGCAGUGUCUGACACAGGGUAACCAGUUCCCACACAGGGGGGCAGUGUCUGGCACGGGGUAACCAGUUCCCACACAGGGGGGGCAGUGUCUGGCACGGGGUAACUGGUUCCCACACAGGGGGGCCGUGUCUGGCACGGGGUAACUGGUUCCCACACAGGGGGGCCGUGUCUGGCACAGGGUAACAGGUUCCUACACAGGGGGGCCGUGUCUGGCACAGGGUAACAGGUUCCUACACAGGGGGCAGUGUCUGGCAUGGGAUAACAGGUUCCCACAAGGGGGGCAGUUUCUUUCAUGGGGUUAUUGGUUCCCCACACAGGAGGCAUUGUCCGGCAAGGGGUAACUGGUUCACCACAUGGGAGACAUUGUACGGCAAGGGGUAACUGAUUCAUAUAAUCCCCUACCUUGUAUUUUCUUAAAAUAUAGGUUAUUAGUGAGAUCCAGGACAAUUAAAAAGCAAUAUAUAAUUAUUAAUGGAGUAAAACUUAUUAUUCUGUAACAAAAUGCAGUUUUUGAGAAAGUGUGGAUGAAGUGCUGGAAUAAUGUCCCAUAAUAUUUUUCCCAUUGAGAAUUGGAGCAGCAGGAUUGGCUGAGCGCCUGCGGAUUUAGUUAGCGCUCCUGGAAGAUCAGCAGUAAAUGCAGGAAUUUCCAUUCUCAACAUAAUAAAUCUGAAAUUAUCUUUAUAGAAACACAGAGCGGUUCCCACAUAGCCCACGGAGUCUUCGCACAUAGCCAGGGCCGAGCGUUUCUGCAGCGCUGUAAUAAUGUGCGGGAAAGCCAGGCCGACCUGCUCAUUUCAGACAUAACUCAAUUUUUAUGAAAACUAAUAUUUAUUCAAUAUAACUAAGAAAUGUUUAGCUCUGACACCGCCUGAAACAUGGAUAAAUGCUGGACUGCUAUAAAGAACAAUAUUACUCCUGGCAGAGAGUCAGCUGCCAUCGUAGCGUUUGCUCAGGCGCUGAUUAAAUCAAGCUCUACGUGUAGAAACAGGAUUGCGACAUGUUAAAGUGUUGCAUUCCUCUGCUGCCGUUACAAGCAGUGAUAGAAAGUUCUAGCAAGCUUUAAUCCCGGCCUUUUCACAUAACCCCUUAUUGUCAUUGCGAAAGAUUUUGACCCGGGUAGACAAGCUGUUUCUAGGGUGAGCACUUUCCAGCUAAGUAGCUGGCACAGACUGUGCCGUUUCAUUAAACCACCCUUCUUCUCCUUGAUAUUCCCGUCUCGUUCCAGUAAACUACAAUUUAGUGCUCCUGCUGGCUGCAUGACAAAGGGAGCUCUGUUACAGACUCGGCACACAAGGAGCUCUUAGAAGGGACUUGGAGAGACUGGCGAGGGGGGGUGAGGGGUGGCAGGGAGGAGGUUUGCAGAGCGAUACAGGCUAGCAAAGGGAGGGCUUUGCUAAAAACAUCCCUAUAAUAAAACUGUAUGUAUUCAACGUAUGGCAGGCGCUGCCAGCGCAAUGCACCAGCCGUUACCACAUUAUUGCACCAGCGAUGGAUAGGCAGCUGCUGGAACACUGCUACAGCCAUAAAACUGCCCCCUGCAGCUCACACCAAACUAUUGCUUGCCAAGCUGGGUGUCAGCAGCGGUUAAAUCCUCUGAUGGGUCAGUCAUAUAGUUUUACUAGGUUGUCCUCUCCACACUCCCUGCUUCCGAGGGGUUCAUUCACUAAAUAGAGAUUUACAGUGAGCUUUAGGUAAAACAAAAAAUUAGCCCUACAUUCAGACUCCUACUGCUCCAGUGGCUGCUAGGGCUGCAGUAUCAGCCAAAAUAAAUCGACAAUUUACCUGCACAUUACCUCAAAUCUUAACAUUUUUGGUAUAAUUACAACAAUUAACAUGUAAGCUCACCUGUCAAGGCAAACCUCGUAUUGAAAUUUAAAUAAAAAAUUCUAUGUAAGUUAGAAGUAAAAGACAGAUGAUAAAACCAAACAUGUUUCAUAGAAUAGAGACCCUAAAGGUUAUUGCAUUAUUACAUGUGUGAUAAGGAAAGAGACAAGCCUCCGCAAGUCUCUGCAAUCUCUCAACAAAUCAGAAAGAAAUGGGACUAUAUUAUUAUACUAUAGUAUUAUUCACAUUACAGAUAAAAUCCUACCUAGUCAGCCCCCCGUAUUGCAGGUGUGUAACAUACGGGGUAGAUCCAUGGCAGUUUGGGGUUACAUGUAGAAUAUAUCAAAUUUAACCGUGUCCUGUUUGUUCACAUUGUGUCACAGUCACAUAUUCCUCCCAAGUCUUUUCUUACUCACUUUCAGCAUUAACCAGCUUUGCCGGGAAGUUGUACCACGAAGCAAGCAGAGUUUAAUGAAGGUCGACCUGUCUAACGUUCGCGGGUGUUCUUCUUCCAGAUCUCCCCCUCGCCCCAGUCCGGGGAGCCUGCAUUAUUCAGACGAGGAUGUAGCCAAAUACAAUGAUCUCAUUCCCACCGAGAGCGGGAGUCUGACCGAAAAGCCCUCCGAAGUAUCGGAUUCACAGGUGAGGAAUAGCGGCAUAUUGGGAGCAAUCUGAGAUAGAAAUGGUCUCCUCCAUCUUGUACCCCUCCACCACUGUAGUGGUAAUGAUGGUAGGAGUUCACUGGCACCGUUCUCAGGUAAUAGGAUAAAAUUGUUAUGCAACAUUUAGCCCUCUUACCUGGGUUCUGCCGGGCACGUAGUCACUCCUAAUGCAAGUGAUGAACAUCUGGCUGCGAAAGAAACCAGCUGGCGAUCAUGCUUGUCAUUCAUUGGCUGAGAGGGUCAGCUUACUGCUGUCCACCAAUAAAUAAUGAUGUGCUGGGCAUAUGCACAGAACUGACAUUAACCAGCCUGAAUCUUCGCUUUGGGCCGGCUAAUGACUCCACCACUAGUGAAGUUACACAUCUGGCAUCAACAAAAAUAUUUAAGUGAAGAGUUUUAUACAGACUCCAAGUACCACGACCACUUCAAAACACUGAGGUGGUCAUGGUGCUUGUCGUAAUUCUUUAAAGGGAAUAAGACCCUUUUAUUCGUAUUUUCCUCCUGGCACAGUGUAUUGAUGUAACCAUUACAGGGGUCAUUUUGUGUCUCUGGAAUAAAGCCACAUAGCACAAACAGUUAAACCUGACAGUGUUCAUUCUUUGAGUUUUUACUCGUGAGAGAUCGGCGGAGGGUGUGCACGUAGCGAGCACCAAAUGUAAACAAGGAGUAACCCAGUUAAACUGGCUGACAACUACCAAACACUUAAUAGACUUAAAGUUACUAGAGGUUUUCAAAGAUUUUGGGAUUGUUGAUGUUAAGAAACAGGGACCUUGCCAGAAACAAACUGGAGUUUCUUGAAUCUCUGUUCUGCUAGUUCUGAAUCAUGUUAACAUCGCAAACAAAAGCUGUUAUUAUGUACUUAAUAACAGCCGCCAUUUACACAUCUCUUCACACAGGAUUUACAGGGCUACGCCAAGCAAAAUAACCAUCAGCGCUUAUUGUAGCCGUUAUAGCGCUAGGAGGCUAUUGUACAGUAAGGCUGGAUUAUCACUAGUCGUAGAGUAAUUCAGCUCUCAAAGUCUAUUAGUACAUGUCGUGUACUCACUUAGAUUUCUGGGAUUUGUAGUGCAUUCCUGGAGUGUCUGAUGGCGUAGCCAACACGUAAACGCCUGUUGUGGAUCCACGGUUCGCAUUAUGCUUUGCAAGAUACUGUGGGGGUUUACUUCAGAUGUACUACUUACAGCAAACUGAAAAAGAGGGCUCGGCUCACGAGCUUACAAUCUAAUACAGGAUUAAACUGAUAAAUUAACUGGUCGGCAAGUUUAGAGAGGAAGUCAAGGAAUGUAAAGAUGGUUGAUUUUCUGAAAUGAACAGUGUGAUGUGAAGUGGGAAGGCAGAGUGCCACCUCCUGGCAAGGGCAGGGAGCUUAGAAAUGAGAAAAUAUUAAUGUGUCAAAACAAAUGAUGUAACAUGUUUUCCUUAAUGUGACCAGAUAAUUGUUUUUAAAAGGUAUUUUUACAAAUGUUACAAUUGCUAAUUAUGACACUGUGACAAACAAAAUUCACACGCCCCAUAAAUAGUUAUGUUUGCAUUUUUGUUUUUUUCAAUCCACCUGAGAAUUAUGAUGUCACCAUCCAGGAUUCAGUGCCCUGUUUGCACUUGUCUUGGUUCCUCUGUCAGAUAUCAUGACCGCCCAUCAGUGAACACAACCAUUAUCAUUUCACUUAAACUCUUAUAGCCCCGGGGCCAUUUCAGAUGUGAUUGUCACCAGCGAAGCCUGCUCCAUAACAUCAGCCAUGAGAAAGGGGAUCUUUAAAUGUGUGGUCAUGUUUACGGAUAUCCAUUAAAAAAAUAUAUAUAUAACCCCUUGGCAGGGGCGUGCCCAACGCAUUCCAUAGCAACAUUAAACACUCUUGGUAUUCAAAGAGUUACUGUUUCCCGAUAACAUGUGGCAUUGUUUGCAAUCCUUGAUCAGGGCGAUGUUUGCUGAUAAUCUAACAUUAAUUCACCAAUUACUCUAAGUGUAGAAUACAUAUUUCGCCUCCAGUGGAUUCUGCAGGACAUUGAUAUUGUGCCGUGUCAGUCAGAUCGAUAACACACUCUAUUAAUAGAUGUAGGAUAGCCGAGGUAUAGAGAUAUACAUGGGUGGCCAAAAGGUGAGCUGGCAAAGUAUUAUGGGGGAUGUAGUUCUAUGCAGUGUUUCUGGUAUAGCAUUUAUCUCUAAGGACAACUCUCAGCAAAUUUUAACUUCUCAUUGUUCAAAGUUCACCAGGGGGUGUAACCAGAUUAAUGUAUAAAAAAGUGCCAAUUUCAAUUGAAAUCUGAACAUUUUAUAAAGUGAAAAAGAGACACCACACUCCACACACAUAAAGCACUUCAGCAACCUAACCUGAUUUAUGGUUUCGGAGUGUCCCUUUAAAGGGAUGCUAUAGGCACCCAGACCACUUCAGCUAUUUGCAGCGGUCUAUGUGAAGUACCCCUGGUCCCUUAACCUGCAGAGCUAAUUAGUGCAGUUUUUAGGAAACUGCAAUAAUUACCUUAAUGGGUUAACUCCUCCAGAUAGCCACUAGAGGGACUUCCGGGCCGACUUUUGGUCGCCUUACUAGCGUUGGAAGUCCUCAUGCUAUGCAUGAGGACAUCCAGGGUCACUGCAAAGCCAACAGAAUAGCAUUGUAUGAUGCUUUCCUGUGGGGAAAUCCUAAUGUUAGCUUGGUCAUUGCCGCGCAUGUGCAUUAGGUCUCUGAAGACUGCGGAGUUGGAACCGAGCUAGCACCAAGAAAUAUCGGCGCUGGAUUGAGGUAAGUGACAGAAGGGGUUUUUAACCCUUUCUGCUCCACGGUUGGGGGAAGUGGUGACUACAGGGAGCUAUACUGCCAGGAAAACAACUUUGUGUUCCUGGCACUAUAGUUUCACUUUAAUGUCAACUCCUGCCUAGACAGUCCCAUUUUCCUACAAAUGCCAAGUAGUGGCUGAGACCUGUCAGCCGUCCUGGUUCUCCCAUUAACCUAAAUUCCCUGCAAUAAGUCAUUCCAGUUCCUAAAUCCUAACAUCACAAAGUGUCAAACACUGCUCUGCGCAGGUAAAUAACAGGUCAGGUAUCUUUGCUUGGUCAUUAACCCUUGCAUUGCUGGUACAGCCUGUAACAGACUGCUAGUAAGGUGACACAAGCCCUGCUUGCAAUCACAGGGUUAACCGGCUUAGCUUUCACAAAGAGAAAUCCGUUUCCUCCCGACAUAUUGUGUCUCUGCAUUCUCUCUAUUGACAUCUGUUACCUUCUCAGAAAUACUUUUGUUAAUUGCUGAAAAGAAUACUUGAGUGCCGUCUGUCUCUGAUUUGUGUGCCAUAUAGUAAUAUUUCCUUGUUAAAUCUUCUAUUGAUUAUAUCUGGGUCCGGUCACACCCUAAACAAAGUGCGUUAUAUGGGGCACUCCCACAGACCUCGAUAGAUUACCUUUCACGGUGACAAUCGCUGCCAUUGUGUAAAGCGCCAACUAAGUGUCUGUAUCCGUGAGAAAUGGGAGCAAACAAUGGCAGACAAAUAACAAUAUCAAUAUCUAACAAUUGGGGUUUAUUGAUUGAACGGUGAACUGCAGCAAAUUCCAGAUUUUGGGCCAAAAAAAAAGUUUACGUAUAGUUUUAAAUUUGUUUUAUUUUUUUCGGUUCCGCUAUAAGAAUGUGACCAGCGACGCACAAUGUAAAUGACAGGCAGAAAGGGUGCGAAGGCUGACAAUGCCUGGCAUCCAUUGGCACAUUGCUGUUAUUUGGAUCAGAGUCGCAGGGUCACAUGACAUUCCUCGCUAGGAUGAGAGAUAUUUAUAGUACAUUUUAUACAUUAUUAACAUAGCCUUCUAUGCAUAGCACAUAAUUUCAUCAUAGGAAAACAGUCUCGGUCGCUCUCUCCUCCCCUUACCCUCUGUCAGUCUCCUCCCCUUCCCCAUAACCUCGAUCAGUCUGUCUCUCUCACCUCCUCCAUACCCUCUGUCAGUCUGUCUCUCUCACCUCCCCCCAUAACCUUUGUCAGUCUGUCUCUCUCUAUACCCCCAUUUCCUCUGCCACUUUGAUGUCUCACACUGUCUCUCUCUCUCUACCUGUACCCAUCCACCUCCCACACGUGGCUUGCCCCACUCUCUUUUCUGCCAGCACUAGACUGUGAUGAUACCACUGCCACGUACAAUCCACCUCCCUGAUGCCAGUCUGCAGCAGCUGGGUUCCUAAGGUUGCCAAGCCUGUGAACCAGGUGGCAUUUGCCGGUCAGACACAAUGGGCCCUAUAAAUAGAGUGCCGCCGUUUAUACCCAAACAGAGCAGUUUGUUGGACACAGAGCCAUCAUUCCUUUCUGCAGCCUCAGAUUUAUCUAGAGAUGUGGAUCAGGCAGGCUGGCAGUGCCCGCAGACACCAAUCCUAAAACUAACCUAUGACACUCAGUCUGGGUGCGCUCUCGCUAGACUCCUGUGGCCGUCGCACUAACACGGCAGGAGUCACUAGAACAGUGCAUUGUGGCCAACGGACAUCUGCCCAGAAUCUGUCACAGCCCGGACCUUUAUUUGAUGCUAGUUUGAAAAUGCUGUUUCCCUGGGAACAGCCGUGUUUAUUACAAAGUGACUGUAUAAACAGACCACACCUUGGCAAGUAGGGAGCAGCUAAUGGAAUGCUUCCCAUACAGUUAAUCCCCAGCUCUCCGCGCAGAGACCGGCAUACAGUGUGCUGCCUCGUACUGUAAUAAGAAUACAUCUCCAUGGGCUCACUGCGCAUUGCAACACAUCAUUAAACGUGUGACGGAAUGGAGGUUUGAAAGAGACGUUCCCACCAAUCCUGUGCAAUCCUUAAUCAUGGUCUACAUUACUAAACGCAGCUUCCUCUGCAGAUUCCUUCUGUCGUAGCGCAGAUUCCUCUCCAGAUUCCUUGUGCCAUAGCGCAGAUUCCUUCUGUCAUAGCACAUAUUCCUCUCCAGAUUCCUUCUGUCAUAGCGCAUAUUCCUCUUCAGAUUCCUUGUGUCAUAGCACAGAUUCCUUGUGUCAUAGUGCAGCUUCCUCUGCAGAUUCCUUGUGUCAUAGUGCAGCUUCCUCUCCAGAUUCCUUGUGUCAUAGCGCAGCUUCCUCUCCAGAUUCCUUGUGUCAUAGCGCAGCUUCCUCUCCAGAUUCCUUGUGUCAUAGCGCAGCUUCCUCUCCAGAUUCCUUGUGCCAUAGUGCAGAUUCCUUCUGUCAUAGCACAUAUUCCUCUCCAGAUUCCUUGUGUCAUAGCGCAGCUUCCUCUUCAGAUUCCUUGUGUCAUAGCACAGAUUCCUUGUGUCAUAGUGCAGCUUCCUCUCCAGAUUCCUUGUGUCAUAGCGCAGCUUCCUCUCCAGAUUCCUUGUGUCAUAGCGCAGCUCCCUCUGCAGAUUACUUGUGUCAUAGCGCAGCUUCCUAUGCAGAUUAAUUGUGCCAUAUCGCAGCUUCCUAUGCAGAUUCCUUGUGUCAUGGUGCAUUUUCCUCUGCAGAUUCCUUGUGUCAUAGUGCAGAUUCCUUGUGCCAUAGCGCAGCUUCCUCUCCAGAUUCCUUGUCAUAGUGCAGCUUCCUCUCCAGAUUCCUUGUAUCAUAGUGCAGCUUCCUCUUCAGAUUCCUUGUGUCAUAGUGCAGCUUCCUCUGCAGAUUCCUUGUGUCAUAGUGCAGCUUCCUCUCCAGAUUCCUUGUGCCAUAGUGCAGAUUCCUUCUGUCAUAGCACAUAUUCCUCUCCAGAUUCCUUGUAUCAUAGCGCAGCUUCCUCUUCAGAUUCCUUGUGUCAUAGUGCAGCUUCCUCUGCAGAUUCCUUGUGUCAUAGUGCAGCUUCCUCUGCAGAUUCCUUGUGUCAUAGUGCAGCUUCCUCUCCAGAUUCCUUGUGCCAUAGUGCAGAUUCCUUCUGUCAUAGCACAUAUUCCUCUCCAGAUUCCUUGUAUCAUAGCGCAGCUUCCUCUUCAGAUUCCUUGUGUCAUAGUGCAGCUUCCUCUGCAGAUUCCUUGUGUCAUAGUGCAGCUUCCUCUGCAGAUUCCUUGUGUCAUAGUGCAGCUUCCUCUCCAGAUUCCUUGUGCCAUAGUGCAGAUUCCUUCUGUCAUAGCACAUAUUCCUCUCCAGAUUCCUUGUAUCAUAGCGCAGCUUCCUCUUCAGAUUCCUUGUGUCAUAGUGCAGCUUCCUCUGCAGAUUCCUUGUGUCAUAGUGCAGCUUCCUCUGCAGAUUCCUUGUGUCAUAGCGCAGCUUCCUAUUCAGAUUCCUUGUGUCAUGGCGCAGCUUCUUCUGCAGAUUCCUUGUGUCAUAGCACAGAUUCCUUGUCAUAGCACAGAUUCCUCUGCAGAUUCCUUGUGUCAUAGCGCAGCUUUCUCUCCAGAUUCCAGAUACAAAGCCGGCAGCCAGAGUCUAAUAAAUACAUAGUAGUUAAUUUGUUUAUUAAUAACAAAAAGCACAGUUUGGCGAUUCAGUGGCUGCAAGUUCCACAUUUAAAAGCAUUUUAGUUUUUCCACCUCAGGGCAAACAGAAUAAAAUUUACUAUAAAUUUACUAUAAGUGUCCCUUUUCAAGCAUCAUCUCCUGAAUGAGGGGCUAGGGAGAGGCACUGUGUAACUCCCAUCAGCUUUAGGCAGGACCGGAACACACCAAGAACUAACAAUGUGUGCUGGACAGGUAGAGAAAUGUAUUCAAACCCCAGCUAUUGUGAAACAAAAAAUAUAUUUUUUUUAAAUCAGUCAUUAGGAAAAUAGUGCUGCCUGGGGGUUUCAUCUUGUAGUUGGGGGUCUCUGAAAUCCUUCACUGGGAUCAUUUUCCUUCAAUAUACGAUUCACUGUUACGUAUCAGUUCUUGUCAGCGCUGUAAGUAAUGUUUGGUUUUUUUAUGUCUCUAGGGAAGUGACAGCGAAUACGAAGUGGAUCAAAACCAACAGAAAACCCAUUCAUUUGUCAACCAUUACAUCAGUGACCCCACGUACUACAAUUCAUGGCGACGCCAGCAGAAAGGAAUCUCUCGGGCUCACGCCUACAAUUACAGCGAGACGGAACCAGAGGACGGCGAACAUUGUAUUAUCCCCAACAACAGCCAGCAUGGCAGCCUGUACAGGCCCAAACCGAGCCGGACUCCCACACCGCAGCAGCCCCCCAGCCUUCCAACCCAGCAGAACCCUAUAUACCGCCCACCGAGCAGCCUCGCACCCACUUCACGCGCUCCAAUUGCUGGGUUUUCCUCUUUUGUUUGA